AGCUCUCUUCAAGAGGAAAACUGCAGUUACGCGUGCCUCAGCACCAUGCGAUUCCCAGUUCAAGCGGCAGAGGGAGCUCGUGCCAUCUUAAAGGUAGCAGUUAGUAUUCGUGUGUGUGUGUGUGUGUGUGUGUGUGUGUGUGUGUGUGUGUGUGUGUGUGUGUGUGUGUGUGUGUAAGAGAGAGAGAGAGAUCGUGUUUAUGUGUGUGUGAGCAAGAGGAUCCGGCUGCUGCCACCGAGCUGCCCGCUCCUGCUCCAAGGGGAAGAGGAGGAAACAUGAGCUCCAGAAAAGGUGUGUAUCCAUCUGCCUUCUACUGUAGCUCCGCACAACAGACUUCUGGUUUGGUUUUUGAACAUAAAAAUGUGGCGGAAGUUACGCGUGUUAGAAAGCCUGCAUAUCGGUGCAGGGUAAGCGUCGCUUCAUGACCCGUGCCAGUCAGCCUCAGAGACUGAUGCUGUGUGUGUUUGUUUUCUCUCUACCCCACCGACUAUCCUUACACCCUUCCCCGGACUCGGACGUUGGUCAUGUCCGCGGAUAAACACACCUUCACCCCGACAGUGAUGGCCAUUCAGGCCAGGAAAAGAAGGCCGAAGGGGAAGAAAGACCGAGCGGGUUACCAUCGGAGGUAAGCGGGGCGGCGGCGGUUGUUGACCGUAAGACGUGGUGGGAGUGUAUUGUUUGUUUGCCGGGGUUUGGUGUGCUGGCAGCGGGCGGCUCUCCCUGUGACGCUGGGGCUACCCGGUGCGUUGGCGGUAUAGACUGCAUGCACAUACGGCAGAUAGGCAUGUAUUUCCAUCCUGCAGAAUGGCAGUGAGAGGACGUUGAAUUUACGUUAGUGAACCCAGGCGGGGUAUAUGGUCUCCCCUGACUCUUUAACGACGGUUUGCAUGCACAGUAACCCACAGUUUUUGACAGUUUAUUUCAUCUCUUUUAGACUCUCAAAAUGAUGAUUUGCUGUUGAACUGUGAGCUCUGACAGGCUUGACAGCCCGUUCCCAUGGCUCCUUCUGCAGCAGAGAUGGCAGUGUCAGACGGAUAAGGAGUACUCUCUGUACAUGAUGCUUGAUUAUGCAACUUUUCCGGAAUUUGGAGGAGCAUUGUUUCCCAGUGUGUCUGUUUCUCUGGUUUGGUCAGGCAGUCCUUGCUGGGAAAAUGCUCGGUGUAUGUCAGCGUGAUUUUCCCCGGCGUGAGCAGCGCAGUGGCUCCGUAAAGUGCAUGCGAAUGGGAGUGGAGAGAGAGAGGGGGCUUUGACUUCAUGGCAUGAUGCUAUUGGACCUACGUCACCAGUAGCCUAAGAAGGCAUCAAUUAGGUGAUACCAAAGGUGCGACCACCCGAGGGGGGCUGCUCCAUUCAGAUUAGGCCUGGGCGAUUGAUCACGAUAUAUUUUGCCAUAUUGUCCGACCUCGAUUAUUAUCACGAUUUUUUUGUAUUUUUUUAAACAGCCAGUUUUAAAGCAUCUGUACUAAAAACUAAAUAAACUAGAGAUUGAUUUGAACAUUUUAUUAACUGUUAUGAGAAUUUUCUUUAGCCAAUCCCAUCAGCCUUUAGGGCGGUGGAACCAUAUAACUCGGAUACCAUGGAUACGUUGGCGUUAGAUUCCUGGAGCCGGGGGCCUCCGACAACCAUCCUCAACAAAAAACCUGGUGUACAUUUUUGACAUCACUCAGGUUUCCAAAAUAUGUUAUGCUAUGGUAUUCCCCUAUAUGGGCUCUCCAUAUGUUCAACUAAGGCUCCUUAAAAUAUAUUGUCCUUUGUUCUUACCCUACAUGGACUCUUCUUCAGGUCAACUAAAUGCCAGCAGAAUGCUUGGAAAUGUUGACGACUAUAUUUACUUGAACAGUCUCAGACCAGUCUUUGAAACACUUGUGGCAUGAUGAGGCUGUAACCCAGAUCUGCGACCACUAAAGCUUGUCAAACUGACCAUUCGUGUGGACUUUCCAUUCUUUCAAGUGUGAACCUGGGCUCGGCCUCCUUACAUUAACAUAAAAAGUAAAUAACAAACCAAAUUGAAUAAGAUAAACAGAAAAAUAUAAAAAACAUUUUUACUGAACUGUACAACAAAAGUAGAUAAAUACUAAAUAAUACAGUGAACUGGUUUACAGUCCUGAGUGUUUUUGCAGGUAUGCAAGACCCAAAAUAAACAAAUGGCCCCCUCAGGGAUAAUGAGGAUGCCUUAAAAUGUAAACAUUAAAUGAUGUAAACGUAGAUGAGACAAUUGAUCGCUGCUUUGGUCUGGUAACUGCACCCCUAGUUGUGGUUCAAUUGCUUAUGCUACAUGUGCCGUCAGCAGUGGCAGGCUGUGCAGACUGCUCACAUGUUCAUGCUUUCCACAUAAUUACUCAGGAAGUUCUUCUUCAUAUGAUUAAACAGAUCUGUUGUGUUGCCAGUUUUCGAGGGCACUGACCGCCGACAUACCUUGCACAUUGGUUUGACUGCUCGACGUCACUUUGGAGAUACCAGAACCACCGCCACAUAACCGACGUCAUGGCUGACAUUUAUUUUGCUGCCCUCAGCUCUGCAUUUAGCUCCAAGUUCAGUCAUUCUGUUUACUUCUCCAGCAACUUACAGAGGUGAGCAGGAAAUUGGUUGUUGUCACGCACAUUUCCACUAUGUUUGAUCAUGUAAAUGUGCUCAUAGCUGAUUAGAGAUGCAGCUAUCGAAUAUUUUAGUAAUCGAGUAUUCUACCGAAUAUUCUACCGAUUACUCGAGUAAUUGAACCCAAACGGCAGACUCACAUAAAGUUAGAUUUCCUGUAGCCCCGCAAUGAAGGCCAGACUCGGAGAAAUAGAGGACAAUCGCGGAACAAGCAUGUGCGUUAUCGGAUUGCAGUGCUCGUAAGAAAGCUAAUUAUGAUAUUGACUUUCAUCAUGCCCCUAAAGACAUUAGUGUCUGAGAGCUGAAUAGCUUCUAUGUGACCUGCUUUUGCUACGACACCAGAAAUGUAAGGCUACAAGCUAGCGUGAAGAGAAGUGUGAAAAGAAGUGUGAAGAGAAGUAUGCAGAGCAGCGCUGUCUCCACCCACGACUCAGAGGUUAGGUGCUAAUGAGCUACUGAAGCGCUGCACAAGAAAACAGUGUUGCCAACUCCUUAGUAAGGAAAGUUGCUAGUGGCUGUCGCAAAAGUAGCUAGAAGUCGCUAGAUGACAUCAUCGCCUAAUUUGCAUAAUUUCUCAGUCAAACUCACUACCCCCCUUUCCCCCGGAGGGUUAGAAGGUAAUAAUGAUACCUGCUUUCAUGUUAGAGUCAUGAAAGUCAAAAGUCAAAUAUCACAUAUUGUCAAGUCAAAUAUCAAAAGUAACAAAGUCCAGAACAUAAAUAUUCCAUGUUCGGUGUAACAGCAGAUCAGCAUUACUGCAUGCCAUUGACCAAGCCUGUAAACUGAAUGGUUUCUCCCUCUGUUGUAAUGCUGUUUUACUUUGUUUUCCAGCCGAUCAGGCCUAAGUUCUAUACACUAAGCUUCUCUUGCAAAUAUAUCAUCACAGACUGUAUUAUUUUUAGAUUUUCCUGUGAGUAACUCCCAUGAAACAACUUUUUUAGCAACUUAAAUGGGCUAUUUUUUCUGCAUUUUGUUAGCUUUCUCAGGCUCACACGUGAUCUUGUUCACUGGAAAAUGAUCUUGGGGCUUUGUUGACUUUUUAGUGCUGGCCUUUGGCACAAAGAUGCUCUUUCAGUUGAAAAUAGCUUAACUUUUGGAACCCCAUUGUGCCCAUCAAUGUUGGAUUUUAACCACUGACCAAUCAGAAUCAAGAAGGUUGCUUGACUUCUGUCUUUGUCAACAAUGAUGGCAGGGGUCUGUAUAUGGGAGAGAAAUUGAUCAAAGUCACUUUAUUGAGGUACAAUUUUCAGAUUUAGAGCCAUUAUUGUUUCUGUGAUAUAAUUUUCUGAAAAUCGUUUUCAGGUUUUCUUUGUAAAAAAAAAAAAAAAACAUUUGAUGAAAGCAACAAGAAUCGCCUGUGAGUAAGGCUCUGAAAUUGAGGUUAGGGGCACCUCACCUUGAAUUCUUCUUCUGCUUCUGCUUCUGCUGCCAUCCUCUUCUGAGAUCAACUCUGUUAAAUAAGGUUUGGCAGGACCCAGGGCUGCUUUGUGUUUGAUUAAAGUGACAAUGUAAACAGGUCACAACCCUUUUUUGGUACAAGAUUAUAGACACAGUCUCAGUUCAGCCACAGAAGAGUCUGGAAAGAAAUGACGUAUGACAGACUAUUCAUUGAAAGCUAUCAAAAUUGAAUUUCAGGAUUUAUCAUCCACAUAAGUCUCACAAGAUUGAUAUGGGACUGCAGCAUCUCCGUUUGUUCUCUGCUGUCUCUGUCUCUUGAUGUUUGGCUCUAAUCUUCAUAUAUAGAUCAGUGUGAUCAGACAUACCCACCUAUGCAUUCACUCUGGUUAAGAGACAUUUUUCUACAUCAAGGUUUAUCACAUCAGGGCCGGCAGACACACCUACUAUACACUCACACAAACACACAAAUAUCAGCAACCUACUCUCUUUCUUUUGACUCCUCUUGCACCCAUGCUCAGUGUUCAAAGAGAGAGUUCAUGCUCCAGGGGUGUGAUCUGCUUUGAUCCAGAGUCCUGCCUGGACUCUGCUGCAGGGCUUCCCACAGCCGAGACAAGCUUUGUGCUCGGAAACCACAAUAAACUCCCAUACACACAUGCGCACACACACCCACAUAUCCACGGAUGAGCUGUAACACUCAGGGCUUGGUGUACUCAGGAGGAAAAGGUUGAGACCGUGCAUUGUUGCUUGACUUGAUGGUUUUUGAUUUGAGUAGAUAUAACUUCCUGUGACUGAACCCAAUCAUCCAAAUACAGAUCCGUAAACAUUUAAUUCAUGUAUGUACAUAAAACAUCCCUGUAGUUGUAGACCCCCCCACCCCAAAAAAAAAAAGAUAAUAAUAAUAAUCAUAAAUAAAAUAAAAAUAGAAGUGUCAUGUUUAAUCAUUAUCAUGCAGUGAAGAUAAAGGAAGGACUUCACUAUACACAGAUAGCAAAACUCUUUAUUUGGAAAUUUGAAAAGAAUACAGUCAGUUGUUUUCUGUUUGAUGGACACCAGGGUAUUAUUGCCAUGCCUUUACAUCAUCUUUAAACAAUCACACAGAGCUUACACUCGCUGACAGCUAACCUCAUAACAAUUGGUGAUAUUGAAACAAGAAGAACAGUAGAUAGACAUCAGAAAAUGUGAGUUAUUUCAGCUCAUAUUCAUUCUUUAUUUUUUGGAAUAUUUAGCCGUCUUUUCAUUUAUUACGCACCGUACAUGAGUUGAUGUCAAGCAGAUACCGGUUGAACAACUAUUGCAAUUGUAUUUUCUUUCUCACAGAUUGAAAAUGAAUAUGACACUUUUAUCUCUUCCUCAUCCUGAAGAUAAUAUGAGCAGUAGAUCAGACACAUAUUUGAGAGCAAAUGUCCUAAUUGCUGAGCAGGAGGUCUGUUACCAAGAAACCAAUCUAUUAGCCCCGCAGCUAAAAGUCUUCAAAGACUUCUGAAAAAACUUUUAUCACAUCUUUUCACUGUGCUGACCAAACACUACCCAGCUGGAGCAUUGCCAGCAAAAUUCAAAGACAGCAGUUUUGAUUCGUUAGCGUUGUUGGGCCUCUGCAUUAUUUUGUUGGAGUGUGUUUGUCUUUGUGAUUGUGUGUAGAAGAUGCUUUGAACUUAGUUUUGGCCAAGAAGAAAAGUUCAUAACAAGUUCACUUUGACUCCCCGUCUAUUUAUGUAGUCCAACUUUGAGUUUAGUCACCCUUUGAAGUUUAAAGUAUCUGCUGCACCAAGUAACCUGAUCCCAUCUCUUUAUCUACAGAGGGUCUUUUGGGUGCAUUGUGUUUAUCUGGCUGUUGGUAUUGAGCAAUACGCUUGUGUGUCAGUGAAAGUGAGACAGAGGAAGCGAUAAAGGCAUUUGUUUGGAGUUCAGGUGUUUGCAUCUAAGGGAUAUUGAGUUCAUGAUUCCGUAAAUAUUAACGCAAGACCAGUCAUCGGAUCAAACAAAAUAAUGGCAGGAAAAAUCAUUUGUUUUAUUGAUUAGGUGUUGACUAUUCAACUAAAAAAACAACAAUCUUCAUGAGUAUUCUAUAGUUUCGAGUAACCGGCUACCCUGCGCAGGAAACCCAAUUUCGGCCGCUUGUAUCCGCAAUGGUGUUCUUUCAGUCAUUACCCAAAGUUCAUGGCCUUAGGUGAGGAUCGGCACGUAGAUCGACCAGUAAUUCGAUCUUUAUACAUAAUUAUACAUAAGGCUGGGUCACACAAACUCAUUGGUGUUUUUGAUAGUUAUGAUUGCAAAGGCGUCAGGUUUUUUUUUACCAACUAUGUGUAAUCAGAGAAACUGGCCAUUGCAUGUUUAUGUAGGAUUGCUUUAAACUUGUAAGUUUGCUCUCAACAUUAACACGGUUCUAAGUCUGGACGUGAUGCUCUGUCUCUACAUCAAUCAGGUUAAUUGUGUUUAUAAAUAUCAAUACUGAAAUUAAGCUUCGAGGCACUUUUUAAAAACUUGUAACACGAGAAAAAAGUCCACUCUGAAACAGGUCCUUUGAGCGGGGAAUAAAACAUCAAAGUAGAAUAUUAUUCCACAGAACCAGACCAAACUGGUGUGUUAAAGCCUGAAGCAGCGGCUUUUAUGGAAAUAUUUGAUUAUCUCUUAUGAAUACAGUCCUCUAACGAUAUUAUCCUGUAAGCAGUCAGAUGACGGUUUCUGACAUGCCCCUUUGUUUUUAGUGAGUUUUAUAACUUAAACCAACAGUGAGUGCUCUGCAGGUUAGUGCAGGAGCAGCACAAACACAACUUUUUUCUCCUCUGCAAAGAUAGUCGUAAGCCAAAGCUUUUACAAUUUGACAAUUGAUUUCUAUUCUCUUCCUUUUAGACUCUCACUUAAAAUGAACUGCAUGCCUUUGGUUGUGCAAGUUGUCAUAGAAACACUGGCUGUGAAGCUCUGGUAAACCAGGAGCAACAAUAAUAGAGCGAGGCCUAGUCACCAUGAUUACGGGCACAACAAUGAUGCAGUAGUUUGGAGGCAUGGCAGGAGAGUUGGCCACUAAGUGGGUUACCUAUAUUUGAAUGAAAUGCAUCCUCUGGUAUAACUCAACCUGAGAGGCUCGAAUCUGUCUCUUGAAUACAGAUUAUAAACAAGCGUCCUUUUAAUAUUGGACUCAUGGCAAGCUAAAGUGGCUGAGAGUUUUAUUUGAAUAUCCUUUGAGAUUAAAUGACUCUGCAUCAGCAUACUAAAACACGUUGGGGUUGUGAGUGUGAAUGUGAUAUUGAAAGGCACCAGUAUAAUAGCGUUCAUUAGUCAUAACUUUCCCAGGCAGAGCACUGGCGAGUCUAUAUGCUAAUAUUCUUCCUGGGAUGUAAAUCUGUGAGCUCACAGUGCCCUAUGCAGCACUGUAGACCUUUCUGCAUGAAAUGAGCCGACUCCAACCUGACUAAUGUUCCCACACAUUGCACUGUAAACUGCAUUGAUUUUCUGUUUGGGUUUUUUCCAGUCGGUAGUCUUUGACUGAAUGAAAUGGCAGCCGGCUGGAGCACUGAGCAGAAACGAGACAAAGAUUAUUCAUGUUACACUUAUUGUAAGCUAACUGUUACUAAAGCUGCAAAGAGGUCAUUCUUUUUUGGUAUUGAUAUUUAGGUUGUCAACUGGAAGUUGGAAAACCUCCAAUUUUAAUACAAAUUGGUGCAAGUUUGAUUUUGUACUAAGAAGGUACAGUGUAGACCAAAAUCCUGCAGGAAAGCACAUAAAUCACAGCUGGUGUCAAUAAUCACCUGAUAAAAAUGAUCAGCUGAUAACUGAAUAACAAAAGAAAGGCCAAAAGCAUAAAAAAAGGGAUGAGGGAUGCAAAGUCAAAAAGAAGUUGCAGAGAUUUCUUCAGCUGUCAAAGAGUUCUGGGAGGAUUUUCUCCCCCUAAAGUUAUAAGGUCAAAUGUAAAUCUUUGCCAAACCUGACAAUGGGAAACAGUUCAGUGCAGCUUGAAAUGCAACAGAAGACAUGCAAUAUUAGACUGUAUAUAGAAUGGACGCCGUCUGCCUCCUCGCUGGGUGAAGCCACCACGAGAACAGCACCCUCUGGUGACGGGCUGCAGUAUAGGUCAUAAAUCCCGCCUCCUCCAGUAAUCCCUAUGGAGCUGUGGACAAACUUUAGAAAUUAAUUACACAGAACAUAAAUUUUUCUCCCCCCCGCUUGAUACAGCCUAUGGGCGUACGAAGAUUGCUUAGCUCACCUGGGAGAUAGGCUGUUUGAAUCGAGCGUCAUCACCAUAUAUAUAUAUAUGUAUAUAUGUAUACAUAAAUGCUAGAUGCUAGACACUCGAUAGUGAAGGCUGAGUGUGUAGGAGGUGGUUUGGGAUUGGGCCGCGGACUACGCAGACUGGAAGUGACGUUUUUUCGCACAUGCUCAGUACAAAUCGUGUUUCGGGGACGGAUCGGGUAGCCACAAUUACCAAGAGCUGUUCGGCUUCAAAUCCGUAUACUGACAGAAGGCGGAACCAAGUUGUCCAACCAUAGCUGUAGGACUCACAAAUAUGUUGAAAUACAGUUUUUCUGAUUUGAUUGCUGUCUUUGGAUGAUAUCUAAGUUCUCAGAGCGCCUUUUUGUGUGUUUUAACAUGGGUGAGAUCAGACCGCAGCUUUGAUCAAUGAUCUUUUGUUGAUGGGCGUGCUGUAAGCAAAAGGUUCCCUGCUAAUAGAUUGAAUCGAUUCCCUCGGGAGAUGGAGAGUCCAUCUAAUGUAGCAGAGGAUGAAUCCCAGCAGCCAUAGAGUUGGCUUGUCGCCCUGGUUUAAGGAGCAAGCGGUGGUGGGUUGAUGACUAGCAUGUAAUAUACUGCAGAGACACGAGGAAGAGUUCAGAGAUUCGAUCUCAGGCGAGUAGAUUUGUAGCGCUCAGCCAAUAGUGCUUCCCUCAUCAAUACUGCAGCCCGGCUGGGUGGAGCUGAUGGCGGCUGCUGAGAGCUGAGCGUGUGAGCUGCAUGUAGAGAGAAAGAGGGUGAGAAAAACAAUGAAAGGCAUGCUCAGAGCUGAAGAGGUGGAGCGGAGAUAAAGAGAGAAAGAAUAGAAGGGAGGUAAACUGAGAGUGUAAGGAGGAGGCCUUGUGAGCCAACCAGCAGCAACAGGAAAUUCAGAGAUAGAGAGAGUGAGUAAGGAGAGUGGAGGGUGGAAAUUAAAGGGUGCCACAGGGCAGCUGAAGGCAGGAAACGAGGGUUGGUAAAAACUGCUGCGUUGGACACAUGGGAGAUGCUCAGACAGAGGUGGAUGAAUGCUAAGCAGCUGUACAUAGAAGCGGAUUUGAGAGCUGCGUUUGGUUUGUGUGAGCUGUUCAUCAAGAGGACUCGUUUUGAAACGCCUCGUUACAAGUCAGACCUGCAGGGCAACAGUUCGCACAGUUUCCCCUUUGCAGCUUGACGCAGGGCAGGGACUGGAGAAAGUGUCAUGUUUGUGUUUUUAAAGUUCAUUGUAAAGGCCAUGCAGGAGCCCACCACACCCACCGUCUGUCAUGUCGGGAUCAUACGGUGAAGCUGAUUUAAUGUCAGCCUGCAGCGCUGGAUUUUUGUAGAGGACGCAGAGCAGAAUUAAUCACCUGUUACAACACAUUAAAGACUUAAAAGGUCUUUGAAUUGUAUUCACUGUUAAAUCCAAGAAUAGCCUUUGAGUAACUGUUGUGUACAGUUUUUUUAGCCUGAUUUGAAAGAGUUUUUUACUACUUUGGGGCAGCACAACAAGCUCUAAAUUCACUGAAAAGUGAAGAUUGAGUUGCAUUUGUUUCUGUUGAUACAAUAGGAGCUCCCAGUGCAAAGACAGUGUUAACAGACACAGGUCUCUAUAAACAGACAUCUGCUUUUGAUUGCAACUAACAAGCAGCUCUUAGAUGUCCUCUCUAAACUCUAUUUUUGCUCCUCAAGGGAAUUGUCAAACAGUACACAAAGGAAAUGCUCACAAAUCAAACUCUUGGCGUAUUGCUUGUUAAACGUAAACACUGGCUACACCAGAGGCCUUGAAAAGUUGGCUGUAACCCCAAAAGGCUGUGUCGUUGUCAGAUAGUUGCCAAUGGUUUUCCAGAUUGAUCCGUUUUCUUGUUUGACACAAGAGUUACUGCUGACAUUACCAUUUUUACAACACCACGGUCUCCUAAUAAAUUUCCCCUACAGGAACAGAAGUGUGAUUUAUGGAUAUUAAUCCUGUCAAACAGACUGCCCAUCCAUCCUUGCAGAUGAGUCUUUGUUGUGAAGUGAAAUCUGAUAUAAACUGCUUCCUCUGUGAUGUCUUAGCGGUAAUGAUUUCCUCCCUUGUGACCACAGUGCCAGUAUAACUGCUGUCUGCCUGUCUAAUUAGAUACAUUGAUGAAACUAGGCCACUUCAGGUGUUUUAAAGUAGGAACUCAUUUAACUACCAGUAGUUCAUGAGGUGUACUGGUGACGUGAAAGACCUUAUUUCUCUAGACUGAGCACCUAAAAGGCUAAAUGCCAGAUUUCUGUAUGUAAAUCUGGCAUUAAUAUAUGAACUGCCCCUUUACCUGUCUAUUUAAGGACUUGAGGUUUUCGUUUUUCCUCUGAAUUUGCUCCCUUUUUUUCAAUUUAGACGUGUGUCUAAUUCGGGAAGCUCAAACUUAAGGAUGUUCCUCCUGCUCUCUCAGGAUGCCAGCCAAAGAAAGUGUAAGAUCGGAGCGAAUCUGCUGAGUCAAUCAGCCUGAAAGAGGAGACAGAAAGAGAGUGGAUUUAUAAAGGAGGGAUUCCUCUGUCCAGACCGUGUGAGGUCCAAAUAGGAUUUGUCCAGCAGGGCACAAGAGGCACAGAUUUGUUCCUCUCACUCUCUCAAGUGUUGUCCAGCUCUGCGUUUGCAGGCCAGUGGGUCACUGUGGAAAAGGCAUUAUUAGGGCAUGUAAUUCUGAGGACAGGCGUCUCUCCCAGCCAAAGAGGCUACUCAGCUCAGUCACUUUCUACUGCCACCUUCUGGACAAUAGAGGUGAAGGAGGUCUCAUCUCCGGUGAAAAUUAGAAUUCAUUGUUGCCCCUUUUUAUCCCCGUGAUACCAACUUUAUUUCACCCCGCUCAUUUCUUUCACCUUUGCAACACUUUUACCACGUUUAUGCAGAAUAAACAAAUUAACACUCACUAAUGUUGCAGUGCACCGUCAACAAAUUUUAACCAAGCUAAUAAAAAGAACAUUUAUUUUUGAUUGAGACCUCAGACAACCAGGAAACUUCAACCCUAAUUUUCCCUUUGAUUUUAAAUUACUUAUUACAAAUAGUGAGGUGGCAGUGGCAGCUUCAUUCCUACUGUUCCUACUUUAACUUGUUUAUCAGUGCAAAUCAAUUGUCCUUAACUGUACAGCCCCUUAAAGUAAAAAUAUUCUUUGAUUAAUCAAUCAGACUUUUUGUUUGGAGUUCAUCGUUUUGUUGAAAUGAGCGUGUUCAAGCAUGUCAUCUUUUUAAGCUUGUGAUGUUCCUUUGGCUCUCUUGUAUCCAACAACCAAGUGCUUGUGAACGGUAAAUUUAACUUGUUAUUGAAAUGAAAUAUUUUUGAAAGGGAGCAGAAAGUCUUUUUUCAUCCCUUGAGUUGCAGAUGGCUUCUUGCAGCUUACAUAAGGACAGUCUGUAUGUAGCCUGAAACGCAAAACUCAGGGUGAAAUGUUGGGAGUGAAAGGCUGCAGCUGGCUAAUUGAUGGGAGAAAAAACUUAUUUUCCUAAUUUCUUGUGCCUUGAAUUGGCAGAUUUUCAUGACAAGGUCACACAGAUGGAGAAAUCGUAACAAAACUUCUUUAUGGUGUAGAGGAGGAGGAGGGCAAAAUGUGAUUUUCAUAAAUGUGAAAGGGAGAGAUAUCAGUAAGAUAAACAGUCUCACUGCUGCUCCUUUUGAACUGUCUUUUUCAGUGUUGUCACUUUUAGUACACCUUGUGCAGGAGCAAGACUACGAAGCUAAACGCUGCAUCACUUUAACGCUGUCCGAAACUGAUUUGAUCGCUCUUUAAGGGAAUACGUCGCUGACUGAAAGUAAUCAGCCUUUUUGAAAACAAGAGAAGUAAACUGAAGUCUACUCACUGAUAGAUAGAUAGAUAGAUAGAUAGAUAGAUAGAUGUAAAUGCAGUUAAAACAGAGCAGAAUUAAUGAUCAUCCUGACAGUAUGAGAUUUCUUUUGUCGUCUUUAAGCUUGCAAGAUGGCCACGUGGUAUUUGUCUCUGUAUCUCCUCAGCACACCAAACCCAAUCUCUGGAGAAUGUGUGUAUAUAAUCUAUGAGUGUAUGUGUGUUCUUCAUAGUCCAUACAUCUGCUCUGUUCUAUCAAGGCCUCCUCCUCCAGCUGCUGCUGCUGUAAACACUAAGAAAUCUGCAGUACUGAUGUCCUCAUUCAGACAAACCUAGCAGCAGGAGAAGAAUCAAGGAUUUAUGCUGCGUUCGAGUUACCUCGGAAGUCAGAGGUCCGAGCUGAAAAUGAUGUCACACCCGAGUUACCAGCAUUUCAGUUACCAAGUCGGUAAAAAGCAGAAUCGGAGGCAGAAACAAGAUGGCUACAUCUGAAUCCGAAUAUAAGGCAAGCGCUAAAAUAAUAUUCGUAGAUGUUUCAGGCCUCCGAUUUUCCCGACUUGGUAAAUGAAACUCUGGGAACUCAGUUGUGACGUCAUUUUCAGCUCUGACAUCUGACCUCCGAGGUAACUCGAACGCAUCAUUAGAGGACUCUAGAAAUGUAGUUAUACACAAGAGUUAGGUUAAAUACUGAACCAAACACUGCUGCACAUGUACAGUAUUUAGCUAACAUUAGAAUGCAAUGGCCCUAUUGAAAAACGCAAUGUAUAAAUGUAUGUAUGUAAACUUUAAACAGAUAUGUGAAAAUUAAAGCGGUCAAUCAGUUGGAGUUACUCACUGAAUUUCAGUCACUUCUUUAGAACGAACUCUGGGGUUGAUUGUUUUUGUUAUGAAUCAUUUUAGGUUAAACUCAGAGAGAGUUUUCAAUGAGCUCUUUCAUGAUUGUAUUUGUGGAAAAGGUUGAGGUUGCUGGUUUCUGAGAAAGGCUUGUUGGAAAACUGUACAAUCGUCAAAAAAACUAUUUUAAACUUUCUUAUAUCACUCUGGUUUAUAAAACCUUGUUUCUUCUCUUAAAGGCUUGUUUUCCAGCCUACUUUUAUUGGACUGUUUUUUUUUUUUUUAGUCAGUGAAUAAACCAAACAAGUCAGCUCUUUCUUGACUGAAAAAGAAAUGAUUUUUUUAAGUGCAGUCCUCUGUUUUAUAACCUACUUUUGAAUUGAUAACACUUGUCAUGGUGUAUUUAGGGGUAAAAUCAGUUUGUGCACUUUUUGACAAUGGGCUCUUUGUUUUCAUGGAAAAUAACAUGCUGGUUGUUUGUCUGACACUUGCUUGUAUUGGGAGAUUGUUAUAAAGCAUACACUUUAUUUCAUGGUUUAGAUUUCACAUUUAUCAAGUUUUUCUUUUUCCACAAAAAGUCAUAUUUUAACUCUUAUUAUAAAUCAGUCUCGUUUUUCCAGCCUGUUUUUAUCCCUGACUGCCCUUUUUGAGUGAUUGCUGUUUGACCCCAUGUAGUCUAAACAUGAACUCUGUAAUCUAACAAUUCAACCACAAAUUUCAGGCUAUUUCAGUCGCAUUACAGCACUCUCUGCAAACAAAGUGCUUUAUGAUAUUCAUUAUGUUGACGUAACGCUCACUGGGGACCAUGGUCUUCUUUUUCUUCUUCGAUCACAGAGCACUGGAAACACAGGGCGCUCUUUGUUGUACGCCCUCUCGGCUUGUGGCCGAUGCAGUUUAUUUAGCUCAGCAUGGAAAAAAAAAAGAAACGUCUUGUUAUUUGUCUGUGUUUCAGUGUUUUGCCUCCCAGUGUGCUGCUUUGCUACAGACCUCUGGUGACCCGAGUCCUACCAUGAGAGUGAGGUGACAGUGAAAGUGAGGAAGAGUGAAUGUGUGUCAGGCAUGUUGAGUGUUAGGCAUGUAGUUCUCAUCCUGUCCAACAGAGGAUAGCCAUGUAGUAGUUUUUAUUCAUGACUCGUGGCAGAAAAGACUGAAUCUUUGGCUCAAUCUCAUGUUUGCCUUUGAGAUCAAUAUCCUUACAAAGUCUGGAUCCUAUUUAUGAUCAGUUAAAGGUUUGCUGUUUUACAUGAAUCACUCAAGAACAAACAAAUGUCUUGAAUUUUCCCCUUUUUUGCCGCUUUUUGAAUUUUCACUCAUGUAAAAUUAAUAUUUGGAAAGCAGCACUGAUUUGUGCUUGGUGGACAAACAGGUCUCUCUGUCCCCACCAGGUCAAAGGUCAGGGAAUCAAUCAGAGCCACAACCAUAUUUGACAUGAAAUAAGUCAAAACGAAAUAGCCUGUCAUCAGGCUUUUUCAAAGACAAGACUGGAAAGCAAUUACUUGGUAGCUGUGUUUGUGAUUUUAGGAAAUUAUAUUGAAGCUCCUGUGAGGAGUUUUUUGACAUUUGUAAAAUAGACUGAAAUUCAUAUUGAGGAUUUUUAUAUCCUAUAACUGGUGUGAGGGGGUGUAGGUGUCAGCCUUACAGCUAAGGAAGCAGCCCUGUUUAUUAUUAUUAUUAUUAUUAUUAUUAUUAUUAUUAUUGUUAUUAUUAUUAUUGUUAUUAUUAUUAUUAUUAUUAUUAUUAUUAUUAUUAUAUUCAUUAUUUAUUUAUUUACUUAUUAAUUAAUCUAUUUUACAAUUGUUUUAUUAUUUUAUUUUUUAAUUAAUUAAUUUAUUUAUUUAUUUAUUUAUUUAUUUUUAUUUUUAUUUUAUUGUUAUUUUUAUUUUAUUGUUAUUAUUAUUAUUAUGUCAAUCCGCAUAUUAUGUAACUGCUUUGGCAGGUCAUAGUCCUGUAGAAAAACACCCGAUCAACUUAUUCUUUCUGGUGAUUAGACAGAAGGCAGUCACCUUAAACACCAAAGUAUCAGUUGAUCUUUGUCUUUUUGAACGUUUUAAAGAAACAUCUCUUUGUCUUAGCUGCGAGACUCUUUGCCUCCCAUAUUGUAACUGUAGUGAUAUACCUCAGAGUUUAUGCAUAAGACUUCCGAUUUAUGUGUCCUAGAGUAUCAGCUCUGGAAAAUAUGACCACCCUGCAGCCAACUUAUGUUCUUAUGUCAUUUAGCUGAAAUCACAGACAUCUAUCGAGGGUACUUCAGCAUCUGGCUUAGUGAAUGGGCAUGAAACAUGCUUGUAAAAACUCUUAUAAUGCACAUAAAAACUGAAAUGAAAGCUACAAAACUGUUCCAUCGUGUUUAAUGAGAAUGAUCACAGAAAAAUUGAUGGAGCAUGAAAUGGUAAUGAUGAAAUAAAAUGGUAAUUUGGCUCUCUAACUCUCUGUGUGCUGCCGUGAGUGAGACAGAGUUGUGUUUGUGGAUCUUCCUGUUAUUUCUUAUUGUGAAACACAACUUAAACUUAGAAACGUCUGUGUCUGGGAUAGCCUUUGAAUCUGGAUGCCUUAUGAAGAUAUGUUGCCGCUCAAAUCUCUGCAUUAUAGAUGAUCUAGGAAUAAACAAGAUUCCUACAAUAAAAAUACUGUAGUGUUGCAUCGUCUCAAGUGUUACUGCAGCUGUCUCAUCCUCCAAAAUUGUGCUGGAAAAGCCUGAAAAAACAAGAACUGGGACGUUUUGUCGGUGCACUUAGUUACAAAGUGUUGCUGAGCCCCAUGUGUAAAGAAAACCAUUAAAACAUGUCAGCCUGGUGAAGCAGCUGAGGUCAGAGUGCAGGAAGAGAGGUCACAGGUCACACACUCAUCAAUUAAACGCACACCACUUAGCUAAUGGGCUAUCACUCAGCUUCACACAAACACAAACAUACACAAGCACUUGGUGUUCAUACUAGAUGAUCAUAAUCUCACUGUUUUAUUUAUUUAUUUUGUUUUUCUUUUUAGACAUUCACUCUAAGUGUCUUCAAUUUGUCUCUUUACCUUCUUUGAUCACACACAAACUUCACAACAUACACUCCGUCAGCUUACAAAGUGCACACAUUCAGACAUUACUCUGAACUGUGCGUUCCUCAGAGUAAUGAGGCACAGAAAGUGCAAGCUGCUUACCUGUGUGUAUGUCCGGAUGAAUUACGAGCACUCAACACUGACCAGGCAGUAACUGUGCUGUGUGUGAGUGUUUGUACUUCAUUUCUUUGCCUCUUUAAUGUGGAGAAAUUAGCGAAAUGACUUGAGUUAGAGGAGCUGACCAGAUGAUUUGUGAAACUCAUGACUCACUGCAAGGAAUUAUUGGAAGUUUGACAGAAGUUUGUUUCUAACGUCAUAUUUUAUGGCUGCUAAGUCAACCUGCUGGAGUUUCUUGUUCACCUUAUUAUUCUGACUGUCCAAUUCCUAUACUUCACGUGAUCACCUGCCCACUGCACCUUAACUCUUACUUAAAGGUACACUCAACUUCAAUGGUCUAAAGGUCCCCUUGAUAGAAAAUAAUCUGUUGAUGUAAGAUAUACAGGUAAAGGUGUCCUCUUCUCAAAGCAGGAAAUAGAAAUGUAAAAUUUAACUGCUCACACAUUAAAAAGUUUUCUUGUUUGUGUAAUAGAUGUAAAUUUCCCCUGACUUUUACAUUUUUCAGAGCGUAACACUCACAACACAACCCUUACUUUGUGUGCAGAUUCGCAUAUCCACCCGCUGUGCCAUGGCUUCUGAAUUGUAGACGAAUACUCACCAUAUGGAAGUGCACAACAAAGAAAAAGAGAUGCUCUAAGGGAGACCUGAGGCUAUCAGCAUGUCAAUCUGGACACACUCUGCUCUAAACUCACACUACAAUAUUAGCCACAUUGUGGGCAUGAAUUUGUGUGUGUGUGCUUUUGAAUCUCCCCACUAGAGGGCGGUGUUUUCUCUGCAGACUGAAACAACAAGGCUACAAAGAGCACAGUCACCGUUGAAGAAGCAGCAUCUUCCUCGUCCGUCAGUUGGGUUGUAUUACGCUGUGAUUUCUGUCUGUGGCGUCACUUGUGUUUGAGUGGACUAUAUGUCCAGAAGCAGUUUGCAGUGGGACAUGUGUGUGCGCAAGUGUGUGUGAAUGCAGUGUUAAAACCCCCUCCUCUCUCUCCCCAGCAUCCACCAGGCAGUGAGAAGAAGUAGGCCGCUUAAAGAUAGCUCCCGGCAGCCUCAAUACCGGCUCCCAAAAUAUAUCUGCUCAUGAGAGUCAUCAUCUCCUCUCCCUCCUCCUCUUUCUUAUUCUUCUUUCGCUCCUUCUGCCACUGAAAAUGGAACAGGAAUCAGCCUUUGAAUUUAGAAACUGACAGCCUCUGUGAAUAUCCCCAGAUAAAGAUGUGCGUGCGUGUGCAUGUGCGUGUUUUCUCUUCACGUGAAUGAGCUUUUUCUUUUUUGGGGGGUGGGGUGGGGGAUGGUCUCACUUGGCAGUUAUCCCGAUGGAAAGGUGACGUCAGGAUUGUACCACAGCAUCCAUCAAAAUCAGGGGGUCUCAUUUUGGAGGUUUGUCACCUAUGACAUCCUCUGAGCUGUGAUCCGCUCAAAGAGAUGCAACUUAAGAUUGUUUUUAUCGUCACACAAUCAGGGUGCUGGUUUGGCCUAAUGAUCCAGAUAUGUAUUCUAUCACCAGAGGCUAUGGUCCUCAAGUGGAUGGGCUGGGUUAGAUGAAACUGCACCCCUGUACCCACAUAGCAAUCCCCCUUCUCUCUCCCACUUUCCUUUUCUAUCCACACUUCCAUCCUUCUUACACAGAAACAAAAAAAAUCACUUAAAAAUUAUAAUUUGUAUAAAAUAAUGGUAAAAAAUGUUGAUUGAGGUUUUCCAAUGCUUAAAAAUAACAUACUGAUUUAAGAAGCUUCGGUAACACUUUACAAUAACCAUAACUUAUAAAUAGUAAAAUGACAACUUAUAAAUGGUAAGCAGAUAGUUUAUUAAUGUUAAUCAUAAUUUAUAAAUAGCAUACAGAUCAUUAAUAAAUUGUAAAUUUUAAAAAAACCUAACCCUAACUCUCACCCUAAGUUUACGACAACCAUCUAAGUAAUGUUUAUAGAUGGUUUAAAAACCAAAUAUGAACCAUUUACAAAAUUCUACUGACACACAUUUUAAUCUAGAUGUUUUACAACCAAUAUUUUAACCUUGUAUAAACCUUUAAAUAGUCCAUUAAUAAUUAUUUAAAAUUAUUAAUCAUAAUUUCAUUGCUUGUAAUGGUAAAGUAAGUGUUAACUGACUUUAAUAAACUACCUAUUUGCUAUUUAUAAUUGGUCUAUAUGCUGUUUCUAAAUGAUUAUUAAAGAUUAAUAAACUAUCUUUAUGGUUAAAGAGAUAAAUUGUGUCGUAGUUGUAGAGGUAAAUGUUUGACUUAAUAUGAUUUAAAUCACACUGCUUGGUUCAUGAUACUGUUUUCUUUUUUAAAUUAAUAUCUCAAGGUUGUGUUAUUUGUGGUGCUUUACUCCAUUUCCUGUUUUUGAGUUUUAUUUUGAAAGGGCACAAAUGGUACUCCAGUAUACAGUAAACAGUGUAAGAUGUAUGAGCAGCCUCAAGAGUUGUUGUAAUAUUAAAUGUUAUUCACUGUUACCUGCAGAGUAGGCACUACUUGAGACACCUUGAUUUAAAGAAAAUAUGAAGAAAAUAAAGAAAAUGAAAAAUUGUCCACCAGGUUAAAAUCACUGGUUGGCUGGCAGCCACUUGUACAGGCCGCUAGGGCAUCAUCUGUGUGUGAUGAUAUGCCAGCAGUGUAUCCUCAAGAAAAAUGCAAAAUCUUCACCUACUGCUGCUGCAUCUAUACACCUCUAUAUUUAGUCACAAAUGUACUGUAAGUUACAGUGUGCACUGAAACCUUAUACAUCAAUUCAUCAAACAAAAAAAAAGAUAUUCAGGCACUUUUUUUACUUGUCUCUAUCUUUUUAUUCUUUAACUUAAUGCUAUAACGUGCAGAAAAAUUGGUAUUUAUGUUUUGAUUGUGUUGAACUGUUGGUUAGUGAGGGCUAUUUCCUGCAAUACAUUACAUGCAUCAUACAACUCUGGACCCCCUCCCCCACUGCCAUUCAACCCAAGAAAAAAAAAAAAAACAGGUUAUGGAAAAUAAAUAGAGAGUCGAGUGCACCCUCUCACAUUAGCUCAAUAUUACCCUCGCUGUCUGGAUGUGCACAGACCCACUAUGUGCUUUACCCCCCACUGGCCCACAUCCACAGAGAAUGAGGACAAUAGUUUGGCUCAGAGACAUGUGUGCCUAAUGUAGUCCUUUUAUGUGGGAAAGUGGAACUGUAUGGAAAUAGGAGAGAAGAAGAAUCAUUGUGCUCCUGUUCUUUUUUUUUCCCUUUCACUCAGUGUCUGAUAGCACUUAAAUAUAUGGCCAUGGUGUUUUUUUUACACACAUGUACCUUUUAUGAAAAUGUAACCUGCAGUAGAUGAUACAAAAUUACUUGCUUGAUAUACAUCAUCUAGUAAAAAAAAUUGGAUAUUGAGUGGAUUUGUCUUGAUGGUUUGCUCAUUGGUUUGGACACCCUCCAAAUUUUAACCACUGAAAAAACGAAAUGACAAUAAGAUGUUGUUGUCUGUGUGUAACGAGUUUUGGUUGAAUACAUUGUUCUUGCACAUGCUUGCAAAAAUUUUUAAAGAUCUUGCAAAAAGCAGGUGUCUGUGUGCGAUGAUAUACAUCUUCUAGUUAUUUCAGUGUGGAUUGUAUUAGAAGUAUAGCUGCAGAAAUCAGAAAAAAGGCUAGAGCUAUCACCAUAUCGCCAGAGCUGAUCGCAGUGAUUGGAAAGUGUGUUAUUCCUCCAUUUAUUCUGCAGCGCCUUCCAGAAGUGUUUCUCUGUGUUGGUUCACUUAGAAUCUGCCUCUGGUGGUAAUAACCCGCGACCACUGCAGGGACCUCAGUCACCAACAUGGGGUGCGCCUCAACCCACUCGGCCAUUAUCACAUACUCGACGUUACCUUUUUGGUAUGGUAUUAUUUCAAUAGUAGUACAUAUUUAUGUACUUGGCUUGUACUGCUUAUAAUUUUAAGAGAGUAUACUCUUAACAAGAUAAGCAGCACAAGCCAAGUUUACUUAAAUGAAAGGCACAAAUACAUACUUAAGUGCAUCUUAAUCAAAAGUUGAGUCAAAUAUAAUGUAAAUGUUAAAUGUAUUUAUACUUUUAGUAUUAUUCUUAGUACAAACCAAGUAUACUUAACUAUAACUUUGUUAACUAUAUUUUUUAAAAGUGCGUAAAAGUAAACUGAUAGCAUACUCAGUUUAAACACAGUAUAGGCUAAUGUAAGUACACUUAAACAUACUUCCCUUUGGUAAGGGAAAGUUUAGCUAAACUUUUAACCGCCGCUGUGGCUUCUUCUUCUUCUUCUUCUUUUCUGUUCGGCUUCUUCUUCUUCUUUAUUGGUGUUUGGCAGCUUCUUUUUUGUUGGUGUUCAGCGGCUUCUUCUUUGUUGGUGUUUGACGGUUUCUUCUCCGUUGGUGUUCGGCAGCUUCUUCUUUAUUGGUGUUUGGCGGCUUCUUUUUUGUUGGUGUUCGGCAACUUCUUUGUUGGUGUUCGGCUUCUUCUUCUCCGUUGAUGUUUGGCUUCUUUUUUUUAUCAGUGUUUGGCGGUUUCUUCUCCAUUGAUGUUUGGUGGCUUCUUUUUUGUUGGUGUUCAGCGGCUUCUUCUUUGUUUGUGUUUGGCGGUUUCUUUUUUGUUGAUGUUCAGCUCCUUUUUUAUUAGUGUUUGGCGGGUUCUUCUCCGUUGGUGUUCAGGGGCUUCUUCUUUGUUGGUGUUUGGCGCCUUCUUUUUUGUUGGUUUUUGGCUUCUUUUUUUAUUAGUGUUUGGCGGUUUCUUCUCCGUUGGUGUUCAGGGGCUUCUUCUUUGUUGGUGUUUGGCAGCUUCUUUUUUGUUGAUGUUCGGCUUCUUCUUCUCUGUUGGUGUUUGGCUUCUUUUUUUUAUUAAUGUUCAGGGGCUUCUUCUUGGUUGGUGUUCAGCAGCUUCUUCUCUGUUGGUGUUCUGCAGCUUCUUUUUUGUUCGUGUUCGGCUUCUUCUUCUUAAUUGGUGUUCACCGGCUAUAUCUCUUGGUCGUCAGUUUAGCAUUGAUACUGUUGUAAAUUAAAAAAUUUGAAUGGUUCCCGGAGGAUCGGAAUGUUAGUCACGGCUCCCAUCGAUGCUCGAGACUCGAUGUCUUACCCGACUGAAGACCCUAUGUAAUAAAACAGGGCGAGGCAACAGGCUCCACUGCUACAAUACCAUCUACAGGGUUUGAGGCCAUGCUAGUAUGCUUCAGGCUAAAAUGCUUAAAUGUUCCAUGAGGACAUUAUCUUCUUUUGGUUUACCUAGCAAAAUAAAAAACUGUUAAGACACUGAUUGGAAAUCUAGCCAGACAACUUUAUUCAUUACCGAAGGGCAAUUCAUUUUGACAGUAACCCACUUUGUUAUUAAACAGUCGAGGAACAGACAAUUGCCAGACAUUCACAACAGCAUGUGGCCCAAACAUUCCCCUGUCAGCACCAGGAAUCAGCAAUAAAUACAUAGAUAAUACAUACAUGUGCAAUACGUUCAACUGUGAAAUGACUAAGUAAUGACUAGUAAUGCCAAAAUGAUGCACAGGAAAAAGCUGCACGAUGUACAGCGGAUCACACAUCUCUGAGCCUUCUCCUCAUCCCCCCUCCAUCCCUGAGGUCAGUAAACAGAAAAAUUAAAAUCUAACCCUGUAGAUACUGAAAACUCAUGUACAGUUAGUUUAACCUCCUUGGUUGACUGCACAGCCACUCUAACCUCAGGAUGCCCCCUUUCAUCCCCGCUGUGCAUUAUCUCUCACACACAUACAUGUUGAUGCACACACACAUACAUCCACACCAUUAUUGAGGUCAGAUAUAAAGAGAGAGAGAGACAGACCCCCAUCGUGGCACACCCUCUGGCUACCUCUCAGCGAGCUGCUCACUCAUGUAGAAGCAGACCCAUCUGCCUAGAGAGAUGGCGAGAAAAUAGAGUUGGACGGGGACGGAGGCUGGAAUGAAUGAGACACGCGUGUGCAUAUACGCAAACAUCGCCUCGGAUUUGGUGUGAAAAUGGGGGUUUCGAAAAAAAGGAGGGAGGAUGUUAUAUCGAGAGAAGAAGAGAGGGGGAGAGAGAGCAAGGCAGCUCUGUGCGGCGUUGCCCUGAGAUACAGGAUGUCGUAAUAAGGCAAUUGGGAGAGAGAGAGAGGAGGAGGAGGAGGAGGAGAGAGAGAGACAGGCUUACUCAGAGUGGAAAAAAGGGGGAGGAGAGUGCACCUCAAGGAGAAAAGCAUCAAUUUUCCUGUUGCUACGACAAGCUGACACCCCUCUGCCUGUGCGAGGAAUGGAACGUUCCAGCUCGCUCUGGGCUCUGUUGUUGUGCAGAGCUGCAGAAGGCCUGACAGAGCCAGCUAGACAGGGAGAGGAGGAAGGGAGGGAUACAAGAGACAAGAGACAGACACACACACUCUGGAUCCAGAGCCUGUGUAUUCAUUUCAUCACCCGGUCCAACCAGAGAGGAAGGACACAGAGAGGAGGAAGGGGAGGACAAAAGAGAAAAAAGAGGAGUUUCGGAGACAGCAAGGAAAGUGAAAGAGAGGCAAGGUGAAAGAGGAGAAGGAAGGGAGGAAGGAAAGGGAGGGAGGAAGGAGGCUGGGGCAUGAGGAGGGGCGCCUGACUGACAUUGCUGCUCUUGCUAUCAGACAGAGGCAGACCUGCACACACACACACAUCCAGCCAGAUUGUGCACUGCACAGUUGCUGCUCUUUUUUUAUCCUUUGCGGAGCCUUGUCCUCCAUCCUUUCUUCUCCUCUGAGUGAGAGGACAAGAGAGACGGAGAGGAGGAAUUGGAGGAGGUAAAGGACGAGGAGGAGGAGGUGGAGGAGAAGAAGAAGGAGGAGGAGGAGGAGGGGAGGCAGUAACCCUCUCCUCUCCUUUACCCAAGACACACAGCAGAGAGAGAUAGAGGGAGCAGAGUGAAAGAAACAGAGAGAAAGCAGCAUUUUGUCCUAUUUCGCCGUCUCCUGAGGUCCCUCGGCCAGCGAGCGGCUAACAGGCACCGCUCAUGUCCGUGAACUCGGAGAAAUCCUCGUCCCCUGAAAGGUAACACCUUCUUGCCUCUCUCCUUCUCUACCAUCGCACCCCCAUAUGUCUGCGUAUGUCUGCAUUUCCUUCUUUCUGUCUCUUUUUUUUGCAUUCCUCCUCCUCCUCCUCCUCUCCAACCACCAACCCCCUCAGCACCUCCAUGUUCUGUGCCCUCUUUCUUUCUGUUUCUCUUUCUGUCUGAGGGUCCUGAGCUGGUUUCUUCUAUUGUCUGGGUCACAGCAGUCUGACUGUAGCGAGGAGAGAGGGAAAAACAGCAUUAUUUUUUUUACUGUUGCAUGGUGCAGAAGAACAGAACAUCCUGUUUUACUGGAUACACUUUGACGGAAAAUGUUUGGACCUCAUUUUGAAAUCAUCCCCCUUCUCCUUCGAGGUGCUGGUAUUGCCUUUGGAGGCUGCAACAUCUCCUAUGACAACAAUACCACACACACACGCGCCAACACACAGGCACACACACACACACACACACUGUCUCUGUAUGGCGUUGAAGCACACAGCUUACACAGCAAGAGUGUCAUCACACGUCAACAUUAGCAGCGCCAACAACAGCAGCAGCAGCAGUGCAUCUCGGCAGCGAUGCAAGACAACAGCUCGCCACAUGACGCACCUCAGUGCAUAGCAUUACUGAACAAUGGCACCUCUGAACGCCUCACAAACUCCUAACCUGCACACACUGGCAGUUUUAUAACGUUUUGACCAGCUGUAAGGAGUCUUUGCAUGAUGUAUAGAGCAUCCAUAAGUAAAGUCACGGGGUAUUAUCAGUCACAUGGCUAACAAAGACGCACAUGCACAUGCAAGCAUCAUCUCAACAUGUCUUAGCAGGAUGUUGCAAAAUAUAGGAAGUGCCGCCUGUGUCUAGGCUAGCCAUAGUUCAGACGCACCUUGGCCUUGCCUAUUCAGUAGACCUCUUUAAUCAUUUGUAGCUAUUUAUGCUUAAAAAGACCCUCCCCAUUAAGGUUUACACGAUCAAAGUGAGCGCUUUUUUCUUACAAAGUCCCUUUGAUGUUCCUGAUUUAGAAUAUCUCCUAACUCGGCCAAUUAAAAGUGUUGUGUUUUAAUUUUCUUAGACUUUGUUAAAGACGUCAGAGUGGUGCUGCUGUGUAUCCACGCUGUUUUCCGGCGUGCGUUAAAACCCUGUAUCUAUUCAGAUCUGUUUGCGCCGAACCCACAGUCCUAUUUCAGUGUGCAAAUGCGGAAAGAGCUCGAUUUGACGGGUGCUGGAGGGUGAGGAGCAGGCAGACUGGAUGACUCAGGUAGCCACUGAUGCUGUGCCAAGUACGAUCAGGCAGAGCCGCUGCCAUCCACACAAGCUAGCGCCAGGCCCCAGACUGGCACACUCGAAUCACGGCGCAGUGGGCAACACAGAUAGGCAGAAGUAAACGGGCACUAACAGUAUCAGGCGUUAUUACAUGGACAGUUGGGCACAGAGGAGAGCGGCGUAGCAUUGGCAGAUUUGGAUGGAAAUGAAGUGAAGUUUAAUUUCCAGGAAGGAAGCGGCUGUGGUAGAAACAAACAGAUGUACCUCUGAUCUUAUUAUGCUUUAGAGGGGUGAAAAGCAUCCUUACUCACACAUAUACACACACAUACUGUAUAUAAAGCAUCAUCUGGCAGCCGUGGUGUGCUGAAGUUUGUGCAUUUCAUCACUUGGCUAGGUUUCCCCCUCCUGUAUUGUUUGGGUCACAGCCGUCUGACUGUAAUUAAGACUAAUGCAGCAGUCCCUUGUUGCAUGACAGGUAGCAACAAUGAGCCACACUCAGACUAACAAUGCUGCCCACUCUAACGGCCGAAACGUCUCAUAUGACAACAGUCACAAUGCCUGCAGAAGCCUUUUAGUCCCCGUCUGAGGUCAACUAGAAUAGCUAAACAGAAGUGUGAGUACAGUUAAUCAUUAGGUUAUUACUUUUGUUUCCCUUCUAGUUCACUCAGUAACACUUAAUACCAUAAGGCCGAUCUGGGUGCCACAUCGGCUCAGAGGGGUAUGUGCAGCUCAGCUCUGUUAGACUUAAAUGGACAGCUGGGUUGCUAAUUCUGGCGAGACACAAACGGAUACCAAACUGUUUGCUUAUGUAGAAAAAAGAGUUGGACCCUUAUGCUGAUGUGCAAGAAUUUGGAGACUGACAUGACAAAUACAAUGAUAUUUUCAGUUACCAAUAUGGAUCCAAUUUGAAACUGUUUCUGCAGCCAUUCGAUUGACACCUACCCCACUGCACUCAUAUUAGACAUUAAAACGACAACAUUAAGACUAUCAAUAUUGUCACUCGUUUGCUUUUGUAUAUUGUAAGAAAGGAUCAGUAAGAAUUGAAGUCUAUUUUAUAAACAGAAAAACAACCCCCACUGGAGCUUUAAUUGAUAAAAAUAUGACCUAUGGCUAAUUACCAUGACUGUAUGACUCACUAUUUCACUUAGUGGCUUCUUGGAUACAAGGAGGUUAUUUCCCUGUUUAUUAAAUGACUCAAAUUUGAAAACCAUUGUGGGAUUCAUUGUUGAAAGAAAUUAGCAUUUAGAUUUUUUUUUUCUGUUUUCUCUUUUACUUAUGCAACUAAUGCCACUGGAAAACGAUUUUAUUUUGAAAAUAUACACACAACAAUUACAUCCUUAUUAUCAAUUAUUAAGAUUUUGACUCACUUGAGAAGCAGAAUGACAUGAUGUUUAGUUUUGUAUGUCAUCUUCAUUUGUGUUAAUGGACUCUAAAAACCUGUGGACGUCGAUUUUUCUGUCUACAAAGCCAUCUGGGCCCCAGGCACCAUUCACACACACUCACAUGCUGUAUAGGCUGUGGUGAAUCACUUGGGAUGUGCAGUAACAUGUUUGUCAACAAGAAGGCAGAAUGACUUGGAUAAUUGAUGUGCUAAACCAAAAGGAUGGAUGGAUUUGGGCCCGUAAAGAGCACAAGAGGCAGCACUGUGACAAAUUCCUCUCUGAACACUUGGGUUAGGAAGACGACCUAAUUGUGUAACUUGGCACUCGAGGCAUGGCUGAGAUGGAGAUGGAUUGGGGGUGGAAAUGGGGGGAGAGGUGGGUGAGAAGUAUGUGUGUGUGUGUAGGGAUAUGUAAGUGUUUUGACAUCAGCAGCAGCUUAAAUCUUCUCUGGCGGUGUGACGGCUCGUCAGUUUAGGUCAGAACCGACGCUGUUGGGUGGAGGGCUUACUUAUGUCCUUUGAAGAGACUUUCUUUGGGGAUUAAACGAAAGUUGAACAAAUAAACACUCAAAGGUCGAGAGUUUAUCGGCUUUGUCGGAAGGCUUUCUCACAGCUCUUGUGUUGAGUUAGAGACGAGGACUGAAAGGUUAUUAUUGGGUAAACUUCACCCUCUUUAAAUCUGAUAGCUGAUACAAAUUUUGCAGUCUUUUGUUGAAGAAGUGAAGUGCAGGUUGGUUUAAUUAUCUUUUAAUCUAUAUGCAUUGUUUAAGAAUUCCUGUAUGUGUGUAUCAGUGUGUUUCUGCAGCUUGUAAGUGAGACUGGAUGAUGCUUGAUUAUUACAGUGAUUACUAAAAAUGUCAAUCAUCCCAGAGACAGAGAAGGGGCAAAGAGAGGAACGAAAGUGAAAAAGAGAAAAGACAGGUGUGAUGAAAGGUGGGAGGAAGAAGGAGACAGACAGAGAAACAUAAAGUGUAGCAUCACAAACAAGAACCAGACUAAAAUGUUGCCUGUCAUCAUCCGGUGUUAGAUGAAGGAUUUCUGAGGAAGAAGCACUGAUGCAAACGCAAAUACGUCUCCAGAUAUUUCCAACAACUUUUAAGACUUCAUCUCAUCCUCUCUUUCAUCUGCUUAAAACCUGUUAAAACACCGCCUUCUUGCUUAUUUUCUCCCUGAAAACAGAUCAGUAAUUUCACAGGGUGUUAUAACAAAAAAACUUAAAAUUUGCAAAUUUUCGGUCUGUAAAUACCAGAAAGUAAUUAAAAUAAAUUAAAAGAGCUUUGCCAGGCCUCAGACUCAAGAACCGAAGGAUACUGUAUUCAGAGCCCUAACAAAUACUCCAUUAGCAGCAUGAUUAUGAAAAGACAUGAUUUAUUACCCUUUUUAAAAACUAAUCAAAUGGUAUCAACCGUCUUUGAGCAAAAAUGCAGGAAAAUAGCCUGAUUUGGCUUGUUAAAAGUAUUGAUUUGCUGCCAAAGUUAAUGGUAAAUAGCUAUUUUGGUGUAACAUUUUAAACCACUUUAAUAAGAAAUGAAAUAUUCUUAGUUGCAGCUUUAAUUCAGCCUAGUCUUUCUGGAUGGAAACAGUUAAUAUUUGCAUUUUGAAAUCAGGAGCCAGAAUAUUUUUUGCAGUCUUCUCAUAAAAAAAAAAAAAAAAUCAGAACAGACUUAAAAGAGAUUAAACGUAAGCAAAAGAUAAAAGGGAGAGAAGUGCUGGGCAGAAAGAAGCUGUGUGUGUGCCAGGCCGAUGCUGCAGCAACAACAUCACAUCCAGCUCUGCAAGCCUGAGCCAUGGCAGCUUUCACACAUGCACACACACACACACACACACACUGUGUGUAUGUAGCCUCGACUGGCCUAUAUGCCCUCCACCAUCUUCUCUGGUCCGACCCACAUCACUGCAGACACACAAACGUACACUCACAGACGUGUGCAACCUCAGCCAUGCAGCGACAUGACAACAGCUAAUGAAGCGUGGCAGGGAGCUAGCAAGCUAACUAGCCGACCUGCCCUGCCUGUCUGGCUUUCUGGCCUCCAUUAUCCCCCCUCCCCAGCCCCCCUCCUAUGUAUGGAAAGUAAAAGAUCAUUGCCUCUACUUUCUCUCCUGCCUCCCUUUUCUCUUCUUUUUCACCUAUUUUCUCCAUUUAGGAAUGGAGGAGAGAGAUAUCUCAUGUAUGUUUUCUCCCUUGUUCCUCAAUGCUGUGUCAAUGGUAAAUAUUAGCAGAUGUGGGUCUAUGUGUUGUCAAAACUUAAGUGAAAAUUUUCAAGCUUUGCAAACAAGCUUAACCCGUCAGAAUAGCAGUACUUUCCCGCUCCUUACUUGCAGAAAUACCCUGUGAAUUUCCACCCUGCCCAAUAAAAUGCUGAGUUGUUAAUCAGUAACAAGAAUCACUGAGUCAAACCCGCAGCAGUCGGGAACAAGACACCUCACAAGUAGCUUGUCUAAUACAGUUGCCAUAGCAAUACCCUCAAGGAGUUGGUCAUGUGAUCCAGACCCAGGCACCUGAUCUUCUUCAAGUGACAUGGCGGUGUUUUGGUUUCAGGUAGUGUCAUGUAGGGUUAAAGGUCUCACUGCAGCACCAGCAGAUGUAAAGUCACGGUGUAGAUCAGAGAGGGAGUUGUUCAUGUUUUAGGGGGAGAUUGUUUUUUUGUUUGUUUUUUUGGUCAUUUGAAGAUGAAAGGGCAUUUGUCAAGUCGCUCAAAAGUUGCAUUGCGUUAAAAAAAUGAAUGAAAAAUGGGGGGUGUUCCCUUUAAAAUUGACAUCACUGUCCAUUUCUACUAUUGCAUCUGUAACGGCUACAAAAAGGCCGGAUCCGCCAGUCAGCUGGUCGUAACCAUUCAAGUUAAUGUGUCAAUUUCCACUGGCUUCUUUCCAUUCCACUGCAGAUCCUGGACUCCUCAACUGAUCGCAAGAGUUCUGUUUUUUCUGGACGCAGGAGCAUGCCAGAUAAAUUCAGCACAGAUUAACCCGUUGCUGGAAAGGGAGUUUGGCACAGACACAAAAUAAAACAUCUGAUCAGACAGCAUUUCAUUCAGAUGACACCAUGGACGAGAGGAUGCUGAUUUUAUAAGUCUAGAAGUAGAUUUCCUCCUCUGGAAGAACACAAUCUACUGUUCAAAUGGUUAGCCCCUGUGGCUAAGAGACAACUUGUUAUCGCACGAUUGCACGUGAAUCCGCGGGUUCUCGUGAGUUCUCGCAAUUCCUGUAUUGGCAUACGGUGAAAAUCGCUGCCAUUCCGUAUCAGAGCCAUUCUGGAUGCGGUGGAAAUCCCGGGUAACUGUUGUUGAAUUUUAAGUGCUGUCUGGUGGGCAUGCUAUCUUAGCCAUCGUAGCUUUUGGAUGGCAAGUCGUUGAUGACGCAGAGAGGAGGUCUAUCAGUAUUUUGUUAAUGGUAUACUGUGAAGUAUACAGUGUGCAGGACAGGCUGUUUGAGUUUGUUGUAAUGUUGUACGUUUGUACGUGCAUUUUGUCGUGGCACAUGUUCACUAGCUUAGUUUAACUUGUUAGCAUCCUUAAAGCAAAAACAGUAAAGGGGAAGGAGAGAACAUUAUUGCUGAAAAGCCAAGGGACCACCAGCAUAUUUGUUUUGUUUUUUUACCCUCCAAUUUUUGAAAAAUAACCAAAAUAAUUCAUGUGAUUGCAAAUAUACUUCAGUCUUCACCGGCUCUGUUGAUGCAGACCAAUGUUACCCUCAUUUCUUAAUGGAUAUGAAUCAGCAAAAGUUGCCUGCUGGUUGUAGGACCGCUUUUUUUAGCCUCAAUUGUCAUUUUUUAGGUUGCAUGAAAAUGAUUUCUAUGACAUGGUACAACUUGGCUCUACUUCUACUGAUUGUCCUCAUCGGUAAACAUAUACUUUUGGUUUAACACUUCUCCACUCUAAGAUUGUACAUUGGUUUUGACAAAAGCUUUGUAUGAUUUAUCACUUAGUUACAUAACUUUGAGGUAAACAAAAGUAAAAAGGUAUUUUAUCACCCCUUCUUUUAUUCUAUAUCAUGAGCCUUGGAUUCCUCUUGUUUUGGUUUUUGUAUUCCAGUGUCCAGUACCCUUAGUCCCUGUUGACUUGGUUUGUUUACAUUCCCAGCACUCCAGUCUUUCCCGCAUAGCUGGAGUUAUGUCAGAUCGCUCACUUACUCCUCUCUCUGUCUCUUUAACUCCUUCAUCUCUCCUUCUUCUUCUUCUGUUGUCGUUCUCUCAUCUUAUCCUUCUGUCAUCUGGUGUUUGCUUUCAUUCAACAGGUUUUGAGUUUCUUUGUUGUAACCAGAUCUCAUGCAGUUCGGCCGAAUAAUUAAUGACAACAUUUAUUGUUGUUACAGAGCCCCUGUAGAAGAGUUAUGCAACCCAUCCUGGUAUUUUUUAUUUCCCUCUACACGCUGUAUUUGCAGUAUCGAAAGGGAAACUGUUUUUGUUUUAAUGUGUUAUGAAUGAAUAAAUGAGCUGCUCUAAUUUUCCUCUACUACAAACAUGUGCUGUUAGGUAACAAUAACAAUCAUACUCGAGGUCCAUAAAGUGGCUCACUCUGUUAGUAUGUUGUUAGCCACCUACUGUGCAGGAGGAGCUCAUUGGUUUUAAUAAGCAAUCCUAACAACACUAAUAAUAGACUGUAUUCCCAUUAUGCAACAAGAAUAGAGGUAAAAUAUUCUCCUUUAGCUCCCCUGUCCUACUGUACAAUGCCUUUAACUGCAGUGUGGAUUGUUAGCAUACAGCUAGCGCCUUUACCUCUCAUUAUUUUAUAAUUAUCUACUGCUUUGACACUGUUUAAAUUAAGCUCACCAGAAAUAUAGGAAGGAGAGGGAAUUUAAGGGGUCUUUUUUUUCGAAGGAGAAAGAGCAGAGGACUGUGGUACAGCGACGGCCCUGAAAGAGGGAGAGAGAUGAAGCCACAGAGGAAUUGAGAAAGAGAGGAUAAAGCCGACCGAAGAAUGCUUGAGAGAGAGAGAGAGAAAGAGAGCAAUUGAGAUAGAGACAUAGAGGGUAGAGAACAGGAAAGGACAGCAGAAACCUCUGGAGAGAGGCGAUGGAGACGGCUGGGGAGCCUCGGAUAGACAGAUAAAAAAAGAGAGAGAGGGGGAAGAUGGAGGGAGAAGAUAGAUGUUUCUCUGCAGACUUGCGCAGUGUGUUGGGUAAUGCUAGGUCACUGGGAGACUAAUCUCUACUGAUGCUGCAGUGUUGAAGCAGAGGAAUGAUAAUGGCCCGUUUGUGUUUGUUUCUGCAGCUCUGCAUAUGCAUCUGCGUAGAAAAGAUAGCAUGUUUGCACAUAAAGGUACCACUUUUUUGUCCUCCCACACACACACAUAAACAAACACAUAAACAUGUCCAUGCUUGCACGUAUAACCUCUCAUCAUCACCUUCUGCUCUGCAGGACUGAGUCACUUGUCUGCUGUUUAACUCAGAACAAUAUUCCUCUGUUGUGUCUCUGAGAAAACUGUGCAGUUGUUUGUUGUGUGUCCUCCUGCUGCUGUAUGGUCAUAGAUGUUCCUUCUUGUUGUUGUUCAGACUUAAGAGGGAGGGGCCUCUCAAGCUCUGGACCCCUGAAACACUUCCAGAUUGUCAGUGUGCCAACUUUUGCUCAGCUCACACCCAGGAGUCUGGUUUCACAUCAAAAGAGUGGUGGUACGAACAAUAACGGUGUGUGUCGCCCUGGUGCUGCUGGCACACACUGCCGGGCUCGGUUUUGUGAUCAUGGGUCUUAAAUACUCUCCUUCUCCUCACUGUAAAAAAGUCUGCCCUAAAGGCAAAGGCACAGUGUGCAGAGAUUAUGGUGGCACUGUUGUGAUCCGACUAACAAUUAUGGUUUCACUUUUAUAACGGUUAAUGUGUGCUUAUUAAUUUCGAGAAAUUUAUCACUACCUUUUGAAAGAGAGACAACACGAUCACAAAUUCUUACCAAAAUAAGAAAGUUUAACAAAAAUUCUAUUUCUCUCUCAUUAUUUGGAAACAUGGUGGAAAAAAAUCUGUUAGUUUUAAUCCCUACCAGCCCAGCGAUCCUCAUGGAACUUGCCAUCAAAGUUAUAAACUCAUUUAGUAUCUGUUACCUCUGGCUCUAGAACUGGGUGCUAAUCCUGCAGAUGCUACAUGAAGUUUGAUGUGCUCAACCCUUUAGCCACAGAUUCACAAACUUAUAUUAAGAUUAUUGUUUGUUUUUUUGCUUUUUUCUAAUUAAUAGGAUAGUAGAUAGUAGAGGAAACUCGAAGACGACAGUGGGGGGAUCUUACAGGACCAGGACGGCCUUAUUCAAGGUCUAUAAUUUUACACAAUUAAACUACUGUCACAUUACACAUUUUUCAAUUUCUGUCUUCAAAAUGAGGUUUAUUAAAUUAUUAUGAAUCAUGCUACCUUCAUGUAAUGUACAUAAGAAGGAAAUCUAUAAACUGGCUAAAGGCUUGAAGAUUGAAACAGAUGAAUUCAGUCCUACAACAGCUAGCAGGUAGGGAUGGGCGAUAAAUUAUCGUUCACGACAUAUCGUCAGAAAAAUGAUAAAUAUUGACAUCUCAUGAUAAAUAUGAUAAAUCCAAGUUGAUGGCUUAAGCUUGGGUGACAGUCGCGCAGCCAUAGCCCACACAAAGCAGAAUAACAAACAAACAUGGCUGAAGGUAAUGAAGAAGACGUUUCUGAGCAGCUCGUUAGUGAACGAGGCUCCACAUGAGGGAUUUUUUUCAAGACUGGGGUUUAGACGGUCAGGUCUGCCUGACAUCGGACAGCGGAUCUGUUCACUCUGUGCAAUAAGAGUUUUCAACAAAUGUUGAGAAUGUUUUCACAUUUGAGACUUGUUUAAUGUCGUUAGUUUUCUCCAAAAUCUAUCACUCAAACUUGUGGUUAAGUAUCUUAUUUGACUUCUCCAACUGGUGUUCUCAAGACAAAAUUAGUCCAAAAUAUAGACUGGAAUUACCAUAUUUUUUAUUGUUAUCGCCAGAAUGGCAAGUCUUAUCGUGAUAAUAUUUUUAGCCCAUAUCGCCCAUCUCUACUAGCAGGUACUUAUUGGUGGAUAGAGAGCUUCUCCUCAGAAAUAAACAUUGAUGAACCCAAAAACAAGUAAACGUCUUUUAAACUGAGGUGUUUUAUAGCUCAUACUGGGAGAUUUAUAUACUCAAAUAUCAUCCCCCUUUUUUAUAACAGGCUUUAUAUACCACAUGGGCUUGAGACUGGAGGCCCCAGAUUUACUGGGUCCUACCAGCAGCAUGUGAAGCUUUGACUCCAGACACACAGGCAUGUUAAUGAGUUGACAUUUAGAUCAUAUUAUAAAGUAUUUUUAGGAGCAGCUUUGCCUGGAAGCUUAGCCGACAUUAGAUGACUUUCCAAAGUGUUCACAAUGUAUUUUAGGUGGCUUGUCUGUUUAAAUGGUCUUUGAUGGAGAGGUGUUAAUGUGCUGUGGGUGUUGCAUUUCAGAUCUGUAUGUGAGGUAUUAUGUUUAUGUCGGUACAUAAUAUAUGCAUCUAGGCCUGUGCUACAGUAAGCAUCAGUGCCAAAACGCUUCCACACUCCUAACUCAAUCAGGCAUUGAGAUGCAUCCUUCGCAGGUGGGUGUCACAGUCCCACGUGGCUUCUGCUGGAAUUCAGGGCAGGGUUAGUCUUGUCCCUCUACAGCUGUGUCCAAGAGUCUGUGGCGAGAGCAGGAGCUUCUCUGGUCUCAGUCCAUCUGUUUAUCUCUCCUUUUUCAUACCUGAUGGAUUUAAGCUCGUCUCUGAGCACCAAGAAGAAAUGGGGUCUUGCCUUAUGUGUGCUCCGCCUGCGACACAGAGCCCUGCGAAACAGGUAGAUGGGUAAGACCACUGAAGUAAAACCCCAGGGGUGUUUGGUGGGUUGGCAGGAAUAACAAGGGGAGUUCAAGAUAGUAAGUUUUGGAUGGAACUUGUGCACCUAAAGUUGAAGGUUAUGGUUUGUGUCUUGUCUUGACUUUUUGUUGAAGAGUCGGGGUCUUAAAGGUCUCAUGUUAAGAAAACAGCUGAUAUGUAUUAUUUGAUGGAAAAAGACUUUUCUAUUCAGUUUACCCAUGUUUCUGUGUAUUUUCUAGACCUAUAUGAAUACACACCUGAUGUUGCAGUACCACAUGUUGUAGAGUGUAGCUAACACUUAAAGUUGGACUCACAAAACUACAAAUAAAGAGAUCAUUUUUGGGGAUGAAGUCAUUUUUUAGAGAAAUUUAUAGGUUUCAUUUGAUUUUUUUUUACCUUGCCUGGGGCACAGCAUAAUUAUAAAACAGCCUCAUUGAUCACCGUCAUCCACAGCUCUGCCUCAGUUAUUGCUUUUCUUCACAAAUGUGUAAUCAAUGACUUCUUUUGAGUCUUCUUGUGUAGCUUUCGACUUAGAGUGACACCCUCUAUGAGAUGAAUUGUUCGAUGUCUAUUAGAACAUAAAGGAUAUUGGCAAUGUGUGGGUAGCAGCUGUCAUACUGUGCAAAAAGUAUGUAUUUAAAAAAGAGGCAUAAAUUAGCUGAUAUUUUUGACCUUGACCAUGCUCUGUUUCCAAACCCUGACCAACUGGUUUGCUUUGGGCUCCACCUGACUGGUAAUGGUUCAGGAAUAGAUGGUUGGGACUAAAAUGGCACAGCGUCGACCUGUCAUGACAAAUGCAGCAAAGAACUUUGUCUCAAGAGGUCCUGCAUGUGUCUUUGCCACAGUGCAGGUUUUUUUCAGUGUAUGUAAUCUGAGAGGAAUCCACACAGACGACGUGUUUUUUGCUUAUUUUUCUGUUUGUAGCUAAAGAGAUUGACACCUGGUGCAAAAAAUCGAUUUUCAUUCUAAAAUGUAAGCUGGAACGCCUGUUGAUUGAAAAGAGAUCAAAAUAAAUCUGAGUUGACUCGAGAAAAGUGUGACGAGGAUUGCAUAUCGUGGCCCCAAAUCUGUGAAUUAACAAGAAAAUAAGGAAAUAAAAGGCGGUAAAUUGAUCACCGACCGUAUUUUAAUCAGAUUGAAAAACAACAACCUGACUGAGGUCUAGACUGCAGAGGUGAAGCACUUGUGUUUGUCUCGUCAUGUUUUAUGACUUACAUAGUUGACUCAGUUAGAGAGUGAAAACACUAUAAUUGGCUGCUGUCUUUAAAAUUGAUUUGCAGGCUUUACUGUUUUGCAUGAUGCCGUUUUGGAGCACAUGAAAACAUUCCUUACCUGCAGUUUCUUUUUAGAAUCAGAUAACCGACCUUUGAAGGAAGAAGAAACCAGUUCUUCCACUUUAGAAAAGCGAGUUUGAAAAUAUUGAAAGCUUUUUCAUGUUGCUUUACUUUUGCAUUGCUGUGUACACAUGUGACCGAGGACACUUACUUUGGAGUAGACCACACUCAUAAAAGCAUUGUGGUUUCAACCCAGGCAAAUAAUAGCUUUCUAUUUGCAUUCUCACGGCCAGAAUCGGCCAAACCAGUUCAGCUGUGAUGACCAAUUGUUUUGUUUUGUAACAGCCGCGCUCUCUGAGACACAUCAAAACAGCUCUUUAAACCUCACAACCUUUGAGUUUCAGCUCUUCAAAGGCUUUCAAAGUUUUACAUGUGAUAAAAAGAAAAAAAAAUUAAGACCUUUGACUUUUGGUACAAGAAAUUUAACCCAAAUUAUAAUUUCUGGACACAUGCAUGGAAAAAUAUCCUGUCUCCAAGGCCCCCCUCUAGAUUCAUAUGUCUAUAUUCCACUGCUAUAUUUAUAUCUUUCAUUAGGGAUGGCUUUCACUUUGAUUGGCGGGGAUUAAUAAGUCUAAUUUAGAGCCUGUGUCUGAAAACUAAUAAAGUUGUGUUACUUUACAGGAGGAUUGUUGUUACCUACAGCUCUAGAAAAGGGUUUAGCUUUCAGUGAGGCCCCAUGGGAAUAAAGGCAAUGCAAAGGCAGUAAAGCUGAUAAUUUAUCAUCUUAAACCAGGGAAAACUUGUUCCUCUCUGUUGCUUCUCAUGACUCCUAGUUCUAGCUUAACACAGAGCCUUUUUUUUAAAGCCCCUUUUUCACUGCAAAGUACAAAUAAAACACCUUUUUAAAUGGAAGUGUCAAUUCUGACUACAGGACUAUUUAUUAAACAUGGCUUUACACAGGGUCACAGACAGUACGUUUACAUGACACUUUAGAAAACCAAAUUAUUGCCUUACUCUGAUUAAGACCAGGCAACUGAAGUGCAUGGAAACACCUUAGACUGACUAUAAUCGGCGUUUGAGAACUCGGAUUAAGACACCCAGAUAAUGCGAUUGAAAUUCGAUUUUCUCUACCCUGUAACCAGCGUAGUCAAAGUAUGAUAGGACAAUACAUGUGCGAGUGCGCCACGCCCCCAUAACCCCAGAACAAAAACACUGGAGAAGAGGAGUAGCGUGUAAUUGCAGAAAAAGUAGCGAGUACAUCAUGUACGACAAAAACAACAACAUCUUCUUGCUCAAAAAUGCCCAGCAGCAGUUGUAGCCACCUCUGACGUCUGGCACAGACUUUCUCUUGUUGUUGACGGUUGUAUGGGGUCGGAAACAGCACCGCUGAAAGGACCCAUAUCGCCCCCUAGUUUUGGGGAGGAGGACAUGUUCAAGUCAAUAAGUCGAUUUUCUCUUCUGAGAGAAGUCAGAUUCAGCAGAAAAAAAUGCAUUAUGAGCUUAGUCCGACUAAGCUGUGCAUGUAAACGCACUGAGAGUCUGUAUGUAGAUCUUUCAGCUUGGAUUGAUGCUGAUGCUAAAGCUAACAGAGCUAGCACUCCUUGUCUUUGGCACUAGCUCCAGGUUAAUGCCCACAUGUCUGUGUUAUAGCAGAGUCAGCCAGACUCAGCCUACAUACAACUUUAUCUCCUUUUCAAGUUCAAUAUCUUGAACUGUAUUGCUGUCGUCAGCUGCUUUUGAGUCUGUUCUCACACUGCUUCAAAGACAAUGUAUGUUUUGUAUAAAGAUAAUGCUAUAUGCUGAGGUGAUAAAGACGGCUUUGUUUACCUCACUUCCUGUUCUGUGAGAAUCUGUAUGUGGUUUUUGUCGAGCAUCACAGAUGGUGGAAACACUCUUGUCACAUGUUGAAUUAAAAAAAGAAAUCCCUCUCCUUCUCUUUCUCUUUCUCUCUCUCUCUCGAAGUGUGGUGACAGUACAUCUGAAUUAACAUGUCACACACUUAUAUGCGCAGGGCUUCUCAUGAGGCUGUGCUGUGACUGAGCGUGGGCGGAUGUAACCUCCUCAAUACCAGGCUUUGUGGCGGGCUGACGUCAUCGGAAUGUAUAAAUACAGAAUGCAGAGAAUGAGUGCACUAUAUGGAGAAUGUAAAGUGCACUGCACAAUGAAAGAUACAGCAGAUACCCAUCGGCUCCAUAAGCGAAUCAUGUUGUUAGAUGUUUCAGUACCAAGCUGAAUACACCGUGAACAACAGGCUAAUGGAUAUUUUUCCCACAGAGCACAGCAAGCACACGAUGCACGCAGACACACAUGGAUACGUACAUGGUUUUCGAGUGUUUUUGUGGGUGUGAGUUUUCAAUUUUAUACUCAAGGGACAGAAAUGUGCUUGUCCUUCUGGGUAUGCAGCCAUGUCACUUGACUUCCCCCUUGCCUCGGGGUGUUGUGUGUCUGUGUUUUGCGCAAACAUGCCCACAUAUGUCAACCCACCAGCUUCAUAAAGCUCCUGCUUUGCAAUGCAAAUUUGACCGGUUUUAUCACAAGGGAUUUCCAUGCAGUCACAGAUGGGUGUUGCAGGUUUAUUUUUGAUGCACCGACAUUUCUGUAUUUGUGUAAUUGCAUGGAUUCUGCUUAUUAGCCUGUUGUCGCCCAUCGUCUUUAAGUGUGUUUGUAUUUGUGCAGUUUAGCCUCUGCUUUGUGUAUCCACGGUAGAGUUUAGUCAAUGCUGCGUGGCGUGUGGUCCUGUGUCCAUCGGCUGCCUGUGGGAAAUUUCAGCAACAGUCGAUUCAGGCUGUAUAGAUUUGUGUGGCCUGAACCCCGCUGCACAAAGCACGCUCUUUGAUGUCUCCUGUGUCUAUUCAUUACAACAGAAAAGAGGCAUUUUGCCUUUUCUCUGUUGUGAGAAACGCAGGGUGUGCGAUGACAUUUUGACAGAAUGCAUUCCUCAUAAUAAAUCACAUACUUAUUCCUACUAGAUGCAUUGAUUCCUUGUGUUGCAGCGCGCACAUGUUGUAUUUUCUAAGAGCGAGUGGAAGCACCCAGACUAUGAGACUCCUCUGCAGAUCUCUGUGAAAGAAACUUGAUUCCUGCAGCAGCACUUGAUUCCACUCCAGACCAAAUCCUAUCAUGAAGAGUAACCACAUAAAUUAAAAGAAUUACUCUACCUGCAUGAAAAAUAAACCAAGUUUUGUGCAAGUGCAAUCUCCAGAGGGCGUUAUAAUUUAUCACCUAAUUUAAUAAUGGUAACACAUUUCUAUUGAUUUAUGCUCACAGGAACAUGAGGCGUUUAACAAUUUUCCUGUCCUCUCCGUCAUCCCACUGAGCAUUUUUUGGUCUAAAAGAGGUCUGAUAGACGUCUACAUGUAGCCUAGACGACUGGUCUGAAAUCAGGCAACAAAAGGUCUUAAAAUGAACGUUUUUUUAGACGUCUAAAUUUGACCAAGUUUAGACUAGCCGGCUAACAGAGGUCUAACUGUAUAUUGCUCAACAGCUAUCAUUAUUAUGUAGGUUAAGAACUUGGAGAUCAGUAUUGCAACUCACAGUUGCUUUUUGAAAUAAAUACUUAUCGAAUAACGGGUUAAAGUGCAACGUCUAAAUUCUGUCUAAAGAUCCUUUCACACCGGGACCAUUUUUUACGUGCGAUUAUUUCAGACGUCAAUAUUUUUUUUCAAUCCUGUCAAUACAAGCAUUUACAUCAGCAACGUUUCGCAUACUGUGUGUCCACUUCUAACCAAUCAGAUUGCGUGUUGUUGCGACGUCAGAUUAACCGGUAUAUCCAACAUGGCAGACCAGCUGAUUGUUUACGUGUCGGAGAACAGAGUGCUUUUUGAUAAAAGACACAAAUAUUACAAAGAUAACGACCUGAAGGACAAUUUGUGGAGAGUCAUAGCGUCGGAUUUCUCAUAUGAUGAUGGUUUGUGUGCUUUAACAGUUUGCUAAACGUCUUUGUUUUAACUUUCAUCUGUGCUAAGUAACUUAAGCUCGUAAGCUAACCUGUUCAGAUACAACAUACCAUAUGUAUUUUCAAUGUCUCAAACUCAAUCGCGUUGCUGUUACAGCGCCAUUAGAUCUUGGUUGUUACCUUAUGUUUACGGAUUAUAGUUUAAUGUGCUUAUCUGGUACUGGCCCCGUCUCAGUACAUGCUAUCAUGACAGACAGACAUCUCAACACUAGUGUGUAAUCAGAACUGAAAAACAGUCAGUCUGCUGUUGUGUUAGUCUUCUCGCUUCCACCUGGGACGCAUCACAAAAUCUCAUCGGGCUUGAUUUGUAUAGUCAGGCACAUCAAAAUUCUCCUCCAAAUAUUUCCUAAUUUCACAUUCUAUAUUCGCGUCGGACCCGGUGUGUAAGGUCCUUAAGGAUAUACAGAAUCUAGACAGUUGAAAUUAAGUCUUAAAAAAAACUAGAUGUCUAAUAGCCGUCUAUUGCUCAGUGGGAUAGAAACACAUGGAAUCAUCAGAAUCAUCAGAAAAUUACACUAUGUCUCUUUCGUAUUUUACUUUUUUAGCUCAUAAUUCUCUAGACCUCCUGACUCAGUGUCGUUGACACAUGAGGUGAAAGAGGAGUCAUGUGGAGACAGCGACUCCGACGUCCUCCGCUCAUUUCAUUCAGAACAACAACAUUCCUGCACGACUUCUCUGCUCAUUUUGUGGCGCACCUGAAUUGUGGAGAGGCUCUCGCCGAGCUUGAAGGGCUGGAUGGUAUUCAAAACACCAGAGAGAUCAAAGGUUGAAAGCUUUCGCUGCUUUCUGGUCUGUCAGAGUGACAGGACACUCCAUGUAUAAGAAGAUAAAGAACUCCUUUACAUUACUGAUGCAGAGUCUGUGUUUUUGUGCGCUGUGAGGUCAGUGUUACUGGUCUGUAUUGACUGGGAGCUCUGGGACUUUUUCAAACUAUGCUGACACUGAAGUGAAUCAUCUGUAUCCAAAGAUUUAGAGGAGGAGAUUUGAAACUGCAAACUUACCAGGAAAUCUGUGCAAUUGUAGAUGUUUAGAAAUGGACAUGUUAAGCAAAAACACUUUUUCUAGGGUGGGUGGGGGGACUUUGGCCCUCAUUAGAUAGGGAGAGACAGGAAAUGUGGGGAGAGAGUGAAGGAUUACAUCCACCAUAUCCUGUCAGGACCAGGAAUUUUGAUCCUACCAGUGAGACCACUGCCACACUCACUGUAGUGUCUGUACAUGGGAUUUGCUCCAACUGCUGAGCUAUACUGGAGUUUCAGAAAAAUACAGUCUGAUAGAAAAUUAAGACUCUUCCUCCACAAUCAUCAAAACUCUUUCUGUUACACAAAGACAUGGGUCAUCUGAUCUUCUAGCCUCUCUCUUAUUAUUCAAUGUGUUUCUUUUGCUGUUAUCAGGUUUGUUAUACUUUUAGGAAGAGUUAAAUAUUGCAUGAACUAAACUAACUAUAAAUAAUGAGUUAGUAUUGAUAGCAUUAUCAGCCAUGUUUAGCAAUUCUGACCAUUUUACCAUUGAUUCCUUAAAAACCCAUUUAAAACACAUAACUGACUAAGACAACCAUGUAUAAUAUAUUUAAACGUGUAUAGAAAGAUUAUUAAUUUACAGUAUUUUUAAUUAUUUUUCUUACUUAAUGAUUUCUGGAUAUAAACACAAAAGUCUCUUGUUGAAAAAUAUAACUAAGCCAUUUUUUUCCAUCUCUAUCCAUUUGAUCAAUUUUUCUCUUAAGUUAAGCAAUUGUGAUUUUAAUUUGUUAGUAUUAUAACAUUAUUGUAUUUUGUUAAAUACGAAAAAUAAACAAAUACAACAGCAAUAACACAAUGUGAUAUCAGCAUUGUAUAGAUGCCAUAGACUGACUUUCUCUCUUAUCAACAAUAUCAGCAAACUGUAACCUGAACGUUGAAAUAUUCAAAAAUCAUUACUUAUCCCUGGAUUUUGCUUGUCUUGAGUAAAGAAUCAAGCCAAGCAUCUGGAUGUAAUCUGAGUUCACUCCAGCAGCAGCCCAGCUUGCAGCCCCUCCUGGCGCCCAGUGUAGAAUCGUACAGUAUGGGAGGUGUAGGAACUGUUUAAUUGGUUUAGCUCUUCAGCCAAUGGAAAAGCCGGCUUCAUCGGCUACAUUGGAGGCACGACCAGUUCUUUGGUUCCUAUCAAAGAGCACCUCUAAUAGCAGCUUAUGCAAUGAAAAAGACUAAAUUGCAUGUAAUUUCAGCGCAACACUAUCGAUGUUAGAUUUUAUAUUUGGAAUAAAAGUUUUGUCCCUGAGCAGCUCUGUGCUGACAUUUGCUCAGAGUAGUUAGAUACUGUAAAAACAGUUUUUACAAAAGUGUUAAACUUUUCACAGUUGCAUAAUUUAAUAAGAGUCCAAAAAUGUCUCCAGUGAUGCCAGCUGAGUCGUUGUCCAGUUUUCAAGUUGAAUAACUGCAGCUACGUUUGCAGCAACAAACACAUUUGUCUCUUUGACUUAACGCUUUGAAGUUGAGUUGCAUUGUGGGUAAUGUAGGAGCCGGUUUUUGUAGCGGUGGAAUGUAAGGAAGUUUUAGUUUAUAGUUUUAUAAGCUGAGUCCACAGUGUGAUCGUUGUGAUUACACUUUCUCGCCUUGUUCCUGUACGUCUUUGACUCUGUGUGGAGCUGGUAGAAACAGCGAAAUGGAGGCCAGAGGAAUGGUGCUGUCCAAGUUUCACAUUCUAAGUGUCUAUAAUUUAUAGGGAUCCAGCAUUGCACCUUAUGCUAAUGUAUGGAAUUGAUGUCUGGUGGUAGGAACCAACACUCAGCUGAGCCAUAAUGUGCAUAGAGAGGUUAUACGGGGGCAGUGACAGCAGGCUGCAUCCUGAAAAUAGCGUUGAGAUCUCAGUUCUUCUCACAGACGGGAGAGGAGAGAAUGAGUCAGCUGUCCUGCCGACACAGGGCCAAGAUGGAAAGACGGAGAGAGUGAAAGAUUAACGAUGAAUCGAUCAGACGUAGAGAGACACCACCGCCAUGAAAAUGGAUAAGCAGAGCUGAAGGACAGCCACUGUCUGAAACCUACGCCUUAGCAUCCAGAGAGGAGGAUGAUGCUCUUGUUGCUAAGGAAUACCUGUUACCUUGGAGAUAACGAGACAUGUAAAAGCAUGAGUCAUCAAGUUUGAACCCGCGAGCGGUCAACUGUUUUAUACGGCGUCUCUGCGGUCCGGGUUGUGUUAGUAACGCUUUGUAAGUUCUUUGUCACUAACAGCAGGACACAGCAUGGAUGUCAAAGUCCCAGCAGGCAUGCGGAUUAAAUUAUUAGACCCAAUUAUUCUUAACACAGGGGGGAAACUGCAACAGUAAGUAAUAGAAGAAAUGCUUUAUGAAGAUGGGUGUAAGGUGCAAUUCUCCGUCACGUGUAAUUUUGGCAAAACUGCAGUAGAAAGUCCCAGACUGUUGUAAUGUUCAAAGAACGGUUAAAAAGACACUGACAGUUUUUAUUCUACACAGACGAAGAGACAGAGCCUUGAAUAAUGUGUCAUAAAAUGGGACAAAUGCUUGAAGACCCAGAUUCAUCAGAAGCAAAUGGGAAUAAACAAGCAAUUGUGGAAUUCUUUGAACUGGUUCAGGUCCUGGUUUUCGUUUAUUCAUACUGGCUGCAAAAGCUGCAGAAACAGGCCAGAAACACUUCAUAUAAAACGUAACACUUCAAAAUAUUGUGAAAAGUUUCGAGGCAUUUAGGUCAUCAAUAGACACGCUCCUGUAACUAUAGCAACUGAAUUUGUUUCAACUUUUUUAUCCUAAAGCGCAAUUUUCUGUGAGAUAUUGCUUCACAAAUACUGCUUUAGCCAGGGUUGUGUCCAGACUUUUUUUUAGUAGGGUGGCCAAUUUGGGACACAAAUCUUCUUUUUAUAGUGCAAUACCAUUAAUCAAAUCAUAUCAUAUAUUUUAAAAAGUCAGAAAGUAACUCAACAGAGUGGCAGCAUAUAUAUAUUUUUUUAUCAGACCUUUGUGCUCCAAGGACACUUUGAAGACUCACUCUUAAGAUCACCACAGAAAAUAUGCUUCAUUGCAAAGAAACGUAAAACAACAGAGCCAAGCAUAAAUCCAUCUCUGACAAGGUAAAUCAUCAAUCACUGCAACUGAUGAAACUGCUCGUAAGUAGGGCUGUAAUCAACCAAAGAAAUUCUUGGUCGACUAAAACCCUGAAAUUUUUGACCAAAAAUAGACUUCUUUUUCUGAAUGUGACGGUAAACACAAAAGUUUACAAUAUAAAUAUUCAGCAAACCACCGGACAUAGAUUAACGUGGACGCUCUCCAAUCUCUCUGUCUCCAGACGGUCUCCAGUUGGUUUGGCGAAUCCAAAAUGGUGAAAACAAGGGGGGUGUUCUGAGACCAGCUGUUACCUGUGAAACAGGGGUGCUCUGAAAACAACUCCAUUAGCACUUGGUACGUUGGUCGACUCAACAGGUACCGACCAAUAAGUUGACCAGUCGACAAGGACUCUAAAGCCCUACUAGUUAGCUUGUAGUCCUGGCUUACACAUGCUAUCGUCCACUCAAAGCCUGUUGUAAAGUACAAAACACAAACAACUAUAUUUCAAAGAUACAACAAUGUUCAAAUAUAGAAAACGAUGCAGGAAAAUCAAUGCUAGCAACGGUCUCCUUGCCAACUUCCACACUGAUAUCUGUGCACCUUUCUCAAGCUUGUACAGGUAGAUAUAUUUGUUACUGAGGAGUUCACAGCCAAAAAGAUUUCCAACUAAACCGUAAGGAGAAAAUAGUCAUGAUGACGGUAGAUUCUUGUGAUAUCCUUAACAGACCUGUAUUUUUUACCAGAACUACUCUUUGUUUCGAGGGGAACCCCUGAAUUUGUUUAACCUCUACGCUGCUAUUUCCAGUGCCAAUCCUCAAGUGAGUCAUUCCUAGCUAAAGCAGUUUACAGGCGGUUGUCAGAAGAGCAGAAAAAAUACUUUUGCACUUGUUAAAGACUCCAGUCUUGGUUCAUGUCUCCUCUUUAUGGGUUAAGUCAAAUGGUUGCAUGACAGGACUGGUUUUCAGGCGUUACUGACAGAGCCUGGAUUCAGCUCUCUGCUAAACCAACAAAACCUUCAAAAUAAAAGGUUUGAAUUGUAGUUUCAAACCUAAUUUCAGGAGUAAAUAUGUGUUUUUUAAUUUUCUUUCUUGUGCUAAUUUGCAGAUUUUAUUCUCAAAGCCUGAUCUCGCAGAUUAUGCUCAUCUGCCGGAAAUGUAACAAGGGUGCUUGAGAUGCCAUUGUUGGGUGUGGGAGAGGAGAGGCUGACAGUGGGCAGCAUGUGCUUGUGUAUAGAUGUGUAUGCUUCACACAUCUGACACACCGUUGGUGUAAGAAGCUGUCAGGGCACGCCUGCACACAAAACAAGAUGUUUGAGGAUGGAAAACUUCUGCAGUUUUUUACCUCUAAAAUACUAAGUCCCAGGCUAACAGAGUCCUGUCUCAGCCUGUGCUUUAUACUGGCAUGUAUUUAAAACAUGCAUCACUGCAGGACUGGGCAAUUCCACAGAGACGCACGACCUCAGCUUAUUUUCAGUGCGAGCAUAAAAACGCUGAAACACGCAGGACAUUCCUGAUGGGUCUCUCACACUGGCCUGAAGCAAGGUGAUCACUCUAACACAUGCAGAGACACACACUGGAUUCAUCAAACCACUGCAGUGAUGAUUCCAUCCUAUUUAAUUAACACGUCUCUUUUAUUAAACACACUCCAUGUUAGUUCUGGGUUCAUUUUGCCCAGCCGGUGGCUAAACCAGUAGCUGAUAUGUUUUUCAUGAUGAUAAGAACAGUCAGUGUCUGUUAGAGUCAUGACCAUAAAGCUAACUUCAGCAAACAUAUGCAAAAUGAAUGCACCCAGCUCUGAUGUGCUGAAACUGUGCCUCCUUUUAUUCUGCAUAGGGAAGGGUUUAGAUCAUUAAUAAGAGUCAGUCAAAAGCAAAUCGAAGUGUUCUCCUCAAGAGCAGAUGUUUGGAUAUAUUUUUUUUAAAUAUUUUAAUUUUAAAUAUGAUUAAAAACUAAGGAAGCGUGUUGAAUUCACCGGUUUGUUUUUCAGAGUUUUUUUCUUUUCUGUUUUUUUUUGGAAUUUUUACCUCUGCCAAGGAGGUUAUGUUUUCGGUAGCAAUGGUUUGUUUGUUUGUUUGUCUGUUAGCAACUUUACGGAGAAAGUAACAGACGGAUUGACCAGAGGUGCGUCUCAGCCCCAGGAGGAUCCCAUUAAAUUUUGGUGGUGAUCCGGACAAAAUUCUGGAUACUGUGAUCCAGAACACACAAAAAUAAGGGUGUCGUUGGAAUUUUCAAUGCGGAAAGAUAACCAAUGGGCGGCACAGUGGUGUAGAUAGGUGGCACAGUGGUGUAGUGGUUAGCAAUGUCGCCUCACAACCAGAAGGUCAUGGGUUUGGAUCCCGGUCAGCGCAUUUCUUGUUUAAGGGGGGACAUGAGCUUCUUGGCAGAGGUCUGCGCUCUCCGAGUGCUUUUCUAGUUUUGGUUUUGUUUUUUAGACUAAUUGUUUUUCCUAUUCUCUGGGAUCACGAUCAUUUAAAAACAGACGCUUAAUCCUCCUCUGCUUGAUUUAUUGGAAGCAAACAUGGCGCACUUGUUUGGUUUAAUCGGGUUUUAAGUCAGUUAGAUGGAAUCAUAAGUUUGUCUAUUUUGUGCAUGCACCUCAUUUGCAUACCCUAUGUUUAUCUAAUAACACACUUUACUCUCGUUGACCCCGUAGUCGAAGUUAUCUAGGUGCUGGACAAUAGGGUGAUUUGGAGCAGGCGCGGUCGUUGACGUUAUCUGAUUGUAUGAGAUUCUUGCAGGAUUUUGAGGUAUCUUAUUAAGUCAGGAAAAAAAAAGUCAGAAAAACAGAAGGACGGAAAAAAUAGUAUGAAAAACAAAAUAAAACUUUGUCCGAAAAAAAAACAGAAAAAGGGGAAAAAACAGUCAGAAAAACAAAAAGAAGAAAAACAUUUGUCCAAAAAAUAGCGAAGAAAAAAAAAACCUCAAAAACAGUUUUCCUUUUUUUUUUUUUUUUUAAUGAGUGCAAUAUGCUUCUGUAAAAAACCCUUUAAAAAUAAUUUAAAAAAAAGGAAGCUUUAAAUAUAGUGGCUGCAGUGCACAGGAGAGGCAGAUGGAGGGCCUUGAGAAGUAAAUUGAUUAUCCUAGUGUGCAAAUUAGAGCCAAUAAGGGGAGUAAAUUGAUUAUCACACCUUUAAACCAUAGGAGAGAACUAAUCACAGCUAAUUGGUUCUUAUGAAACCCAGUUUAUUCUGUUGGACCCCAGUGUGACAGAAGCAAUUCUGGAGCCACAGUGAGUCCAGCAUCUCUGGCAGCUAUAAACAACCUUCUGGGGACAGAUUGACAUAAUGGCGCAGGGAGGGAAUCCGGGAGGGCUCUCGUACACCAGGGCCAAAGGUCUUGACUUCUUUCAAUCUAUAUUGCUGUGAGGGGAACCGCAACAAUAGCCGGCGUAUAUUUACUGAGAUGUAGAGAAGUCAGGUCAAAACAUGCUUGUGUCUCACUCAUGUCAUCACAGCUGAGCAUUCAUAAUGAAAUUCAUCACUGUUGAAAGAACAUAUCGACUUCUCAGUUAUAGUUUGGUCAGUAUUAUUAAAAAUCUCAUUAGGUUCUAUUCUUAUCUGGUGACCCCCUUGUAGAGACCAUGACAAGGUAUCGUCGAUCUAUACUUUUCCCAUAAUCUAUAAAGUGAUAUGUAUCUUAGGGCUGGGCGAAAUGGGAAAAAGUUUAUCAUGACAUAUUUUUUUCAUAUCAGUGGAUAUCGAUUUAUAUCACGAUUUUAAAAAAGCAAUGUCUUUUGCAAUACAGUAAGCUACUGCAUCUGCGAGGGCUUUGUGUCUCUUUGAUGUUUUGUCGAAAGGUGUUGUGCUAGAGAAAACGGACUGAAUGAUCGGCUGUUUCAGCUGCACAGGCGCCGUGGGCUGCUUCGCACUUGUAAUCCUUUGCAUUGCGCGUGCUCUGCCCCGUGGCACUGCUUCAUGAUGAAAAAGAUUUGAGGUAUUCCUCUAUUUUGCGAGAACAUGUACUUCUUCUGCAGUGUGCAUUACUUCAUGUCCGACCAGAAAAAAAACUAUAUAUCUUAACACCAAUGUUGUUUUUGUACCAGUGUUGUUGACAAUGUUAUCAUCACAUGUUUACGUGCUAUAGUUGUGUGUAGCUGCAGUCUGCUACUGCGCAGUUGUUUGCUACCUGGUUCUAUCUCAGCACAUGAUUGGUUCAGCGCGGAGCGGACCUGGAGGAGCUCCCCUUUUCAUUGGCUAUUGGUAGGGCUGGUCAAUAAAAUGAUAAUAUGUAUCAAAAAUAGAUUUCCCACGAUAUCGAUAUGAAACAUGGUCAACGUCAUUCUGCCAUGUUUUGGUAGACUAUACAAACAGCCAAUGAAAAGGGGAGUUGCUCUGAGUCUGCACCGCACUGAACAGACUAUUCAAUCCGCUUUUUCUAGCGCAGCGCCUCACGACAAAACGUCAAAGAGACACAAAGACCACACAGAUGCAGUAGCUUAUUGUAUUGCAAAAGACAUGCUACCAAUAAUCACUGUUUAAUUUUAAUUUUUUAUAUCAUGAUAUAUAGAUAUCGACUGAUAUGGUAAAAAUAUAUCAUGAAAAACUUUUCUCUUAUAUCACCCAGCCCUAGAUAUUCGUAUAGUCCACCAAAACAUGGCAGAAUGCUGACUAUCAAAAGCAUAUUGACCAUGUUUCAUAUCGAUAUCGAGGGAAAUUAAUUUUUGAUACAUAUUGUUAUUGUUUUAUCGCCCAGCCCUAUGCAUCAUUGCGACCAUGAAGGCUGUGGAGUAAAAAAAAAACAACAACACUCACAGGUCUAAGUGUCAGGUUACACAUGUUUAUAUGUAAUGGCCUCAGUCUCUGUCGUGUUCUGGUGUUCAAAGGUGAGCUUGUCGUCAGCCUUGGUUGUUGCUUUUCCACUUUAUCAGCAGAAAUGCUUUCUCCACCUCCACCUGUCUCUCAGUGAAGUGAAAGGAGGGGCCGUGUGUUUCAGAGUGUUUCAGAGUCAAGUAAUCGUUUUUGUUGUAAACAUACACCCACAUGCAGAACGUGUGAAUGCUUUCAGAUUCAGUACAAGCAAAUCCUGGAUUUGUAUCUUUACUUUUUGCAUCUUUCCUCGUCUAUUUUGUCAGAAAGAGUCUCUCUCAUCUUUAUCAGUGCGUUGGUUUUAACUGUGAUUCUGUGAUGUGUUGAUUUCAGUUGAAUAGCUACAGAAAGAAAAACACUUGACAUAAAUAACAGUUUAAUCAGACUCCCUACUUCAUAUUUGCUGAUUAUACAUUUACUUUUGUCUUCAGUUGUGUCUCUUUUCACAUCAGCCUCAGUGCCUCUAAUUCUCCAUUUUUAUUCCUUUUAUUGUCCCGUGUCUCUUCUUGUGUUUGUCUGGAGCUCUGUCUCUUUUUCUCCAUCUUGUAUUUGUUUAUUUCUUUCUUUCCCUUUUUUUAAAUCAAACUUCUGUCCCUUUGUUUUUGGCUGCAUAUAUUUCUCUCUCUCAUUGUGUGUUUCUUUUCUGUCUCAGUCUCAUUUUGUUACUGCGUGUCUUUUGGUUCAUUGCUCUCAUCUGCUCCCUUUCCUCUCUAUCCGUGACCUUCUUUCUCUUCUCUCCUCUUAUUCCUCCCGUUUCUAGUUUCCUCUCCAUAUUCUUGAUUUCCCCAUCCUUCCUCUUGUCCGUCUCAGACUCAGACUGUGGUGUCUUUGCCAUCUUUCUGUUUUUGCUGCUCGGCUUGUGUCCAGAAAGUUCUGCAGGUCUAAGUGUUCAUACAGCCGAUGGCAGGACGGGCCGUAAAAAAGCGCUGAGCUAAUAGACAUGAUGUAUGACUCCGUACGUGACUGCUUUGGUAAAGAAGGAGCAUCCUGCUGCAAGGACAAAGCCUUCUACUGUGUGUGUGUGUGUGUGUGUGUGUGUGUGUGUGUGUGUGUGUGUGUGUGUGUGUGUGUGUGUGUGUGUGUGUGUGUGUGUGUGUGUGUGUGUGUGUGUCAGCUGUAAAAUUGUGAUGAAAUCCCAAUGCCAAGUUAUUUUCUGUCCUUCGUCGCUGCAUUAGAAGAACCGCCGCCGUCUUCGUGCGUGCAUGUGCUUGUAUUGGCCUUGCCACCGCGUUAACGCUUUCUGUCCUGAAUUUUUCUACCGUCCCCCCCACUCUCUACCUCCCCUCCUCGCUCUGCAGUUGCCAUGGCAACGCACCAAGAGGCUCCAUCAUGUGUCUGCGCCUGUGACCGCAAUUUUAUAACAGCUCACAAGCGCUGGCUUUGUGUGUUUAUAUUUUUUCUCCUCAUCUUAAUUUAGCAUUUGAUCAUGUUGCCGGUUCUGCUGCGAUGUGAAGCUGAAGAAGAAGGAGAAGACGAGCUGUGUGUGUGUGUCUGUUUGUGUUUGUCGAGUUCUCAAAGGCUCAGCCUCAGAGAGACAUCAGUGAAGCAUCACAGAAACAGCGAGUGUUUUUUGAUUCCCAGAUUCCACUGAGUCGGUGAUAAGGAAAUGUUGCAUUGAUUUAGGAUGUCAGCUUUUUCCCCAGAACUAAUGAAUAUGAGAGCUGCAGUAUUUUAUUACAAAACAGAAGACUAAGUUUGUGUGCUGCAGAACGUCUCCGUCAAAAACAAAAGGAAGAUGGAAAUGUAUGUUCUCCAAUCACAAUCAGAAGCAACAUGUCCGGAUCAUUGACUGUAUGUAAAGGUGGACAAAGUGGAGCUAAGAUAGAAUCAGUGCAGUGGGAUCAGAGCUACAGUGUUUGAGUUAUGCCCCCAUAACCAAAACACACAUUUUCUUGUGUCAGUUUGAAGUAUUCAAUGACGGUUGUGUUGGUGUUGCUGUCAGCGCUCUACUUCUACAGGACUGUCAUCUUUCUAAAACACCAACUGAGAUCGAAUAAUGAAACGUUGCACCACAUCCACAUGUUUGGAUAUAUUCACGUUUUUCAAUCCUUUCAGUGAAGCCUUUUUUCUCUGAGCUUCUUGCUCCUUAAAGUGACGCUUCAUACUGGUGGCAAGCUAAUGGGUACAAAGUCAAAUCAGCCCUGUCUUUGUCUCUUAUUUUUCCAUCUUCGAAGCUCCUCAGAUGUUUUGGUGUCAUGAUUGUACACUCAGCUUUGCUCAACCAUGUCCUCCAUUUCUGUAGAACAGCAUUACUGUAUUACUUCAAGUCAAGAGUGCGCAGAUUUGCCAGGUCAUACUGAGAGCGCCCUCUGCUGAAUCAUAUGGCAAACUACUUCAGGCGGCCUGAUGCACUGGUAUACUGUAUUGUUUUAAGCUUUAUCAGCUCGUUAUCACGUGACAGAUAAAUGUAUUUGACAUGUUUUUGUUGUUAACAUCUGCCUGGCCUAUUUUGCUUCUAGUCUGAAGGGGGAGCUCUAAAUGUUUUGGCUGUUGUGUCACCCACUGAUUACCUUUAGAUAAUAAUAGAGGAUGAAAUUAGUGUAUCUUGGUACAUCCUGCUGAGGGCGUUCUGACUUAAAUGUAAAGAAUCAUUCCUGGUGAGGAUGUAGUUUCUGAGCUCUAGGAAAAAAAACAAAACAAACUUGCUAACCUUAUUUCGUAAAAGUCACAAGUAUUAUAUCCUCAUCUUUUGUAACUACAUCUUAGCCUUUCUUGUUUUGAAGAAACAUCGACUACAGAUUGUCAAGUUCUUUUAAAGAUCCUCUCCUUGUUGUUUAAAUGUUCAUAUGGCGUUUUUCUGAUGCUAGAGGACACAUCGAAAAAACAGUGAGCAAAAUUGCAUUUCUAAGUAUUUCUUCAUUCAAACGGAACAAUUCAAAUAGCAGGUUCAGACACAGUGAGAUUUCCUAUGUCACAACUGCAAGCUCCGCCCCCAGAUCUCCACUCUGCAGGCCAGACUCUGAGAAGUAGAGAGAAGUGUGGCGAAACAACUGUGUGAGUUAGCCGAUUGCAAUGUUUGUAAGAAAGCUAAUUAUGAUAUUAGCUUUCAUUAUACCCCCAAAGACAUGAGCAUCCUAUGUGUCCUGCCACUUCUACUACACCAGCAAUGUUAGGCUACAAGCUAGCGUGAAGAGAAGUGUGCAGAGCAGCGCUGUCUCCACCCACGACUCAGAGGCAAAUUGCUAAUGAGCUACUGGAGCUCUGCAGAAGAAAAGGCCUUGAAAAUGACACAGGUAACACAAUCACAAUUUAAAGACUACUACCAAGAAGUAGUGGACUUUAAAGAGUGAAAAUAUAUCCUUGUCAUUGACCGUUAUAAGAAGUUCUGCUCUUGCCCAACAUGUGACUGAACUACCUGCAACUUUCACAUGCAUAAACAGCAUCUAUUAUAGAAAUGAUCACUCUUCUCUCAGAUAGUUUCGAUUGCUUUAAAUUCAUGUAGAGAAAUCAGUGUGAAUUUAGGUGAAAGGUUUCAUGCUUUCAUAAGUCUUCAAAAGGCCAGAUUGAGUUCAGUAAAAGGACCAGAUUGAGUCUGAAUAAGUCUGACGUCGUUGUUUAAAACAGAAACAUUACAGGCAUUUUCCCAAAGUCUCCACAAAUAGCUGAGUGUGUGUGUGUGUGUGUGUGUGUGUGUGUGUGUGUGUGUGUGUGUGUGUGUGUGUGUGUGUGUGUGUGUGUGUGUGUGUGUGUGUGUGUGUGUGUGUGCAAUGGCAGCGUCCUAAAGCAAAACACUGAAUUUCCUGCUCGAUCAAUCACUGUACGCCGUCCUGGAUGCGAGUGCCAGCUGAAUGCUGUAAAAGUACCCGGGCCUGAAGAAAGAGGCAGACUCUUCGCUGCAGCCUCUCUUUAAUGUUUCCCUCUCAUGGGCUCAGUUCCAUUUUAAAAGAGCAGAAAGAAGUGGAACAAGGCCGUCAUUGACCACACAAAGGAAACCAGAGAAAGCAACCUUAGUCUUAAUCAGGUCUGGUCUUUCUCUGCUUUUGUUCUGGUUUUAAUUUUCCAAAGUUGCAUUUAGUUUUAUUUCCCAGUUUUGGACAGUUUCCAUUUUACUGUCUGAGGUUCUUGGUGGGUGUUGAUUGGUUCGACCUGACCGUCUCAGCUCCAGGCAGCGUCGGACCAUCAGCCGACUAGAUUUAGGUUCUGCAAAAAUUCAGUAUCAUUCUGAAUGGUCACUCUAUUGAUUCUCAUUAGAGUAGAAUUUUCACAUGAAUUAAAGAUUCAAAACCUUCCCCUGAUGGCCAAUACUAAAAAGACAAGUGUUUAGUUUAUGCAGACUUUGGAGUAAGAAGUGCAGAAGAUUCAGAGAGCAAAGAUGCAUUUAUGUGAAUUUUCUAUAAGAAAUUCAGACUGAAAAGACACAAAAACAAAGAACUAACCUGACUCUUCAAUUGCCUUUUCCAGAGCAAAGUCCUGUGCUAACAAUAAUGUCUUUUUCAUGUUUAUACAGCCACCGAUUCACAAGUUUUAAAGUUUGUUUUAUUGGAUAAAAUUAUACGAUAUAUAAACAUAUAUAAUGCCGACAAUCAUUGAGUCAAAUAGAAACUGUGUGACCUUUAAAUAAAGCAGCUGUGAGGAGCUUUUUGAGUUUUGUGAAAUUAACUGGAGUUUGUUUUGAUGCUGUUUUAUGACCUAUAAAAGCAAACAAGACCAUCUGAUGAUUUUUAUUCUGUAACAUUUAAUGCUUGAAAUUGGUGUUUGUGGAGCUGCUGAGGAAACAGCUCUUUUUUACAUUUUCCUCAUUAAAUAUUUUUUAAAAAAUGACACAUUUGACUGUCAGAAGCCAGUGGGAUUAAAAUUUUUGUCAGAAGACGCCAUGCUUAAGCACAUGGAGGGAAAAAAAAUAGGAGACUGCAAACCCUCCUAAGUGACAUGACCCAAAAGUUCCUUACAGGGUCUUUAAAGCAUCAUUUAACAUGUAGAGCAACAAGGUGUUCUCUGUGUUUUAUUCUUUAGAUCAGUUUUCAGUGUUUCCUGUUUUAUUUUGUAGUAGUUGAUUCCUUGUGUUUCUAGUCUGGUUUUACUUCCCUGGUUUUCCCUCCUUUUGCUAAUCACCCUUGAUGAGUUUCACCUGUUGCUCGUUUCCCAGUGUGUAUAUAGUCACUGUCCUCCCCUCUGUCCUGGUUGGUUCAUUGUAUUUAUGUAUGUCAAUGAGUAUUUUUGUGUCCCCUGUUGCCCCCUGUGAUUUUCCCUCCAGUGAUUUUUGUUUCUUUGGAUUUAACUUUUUGUGUUUUUUCAUUUGAGAACUUUUCAGUUGGACAUUUUGGACAAGUCUUUUGUUGCUUUUCUUUUAAUUCCUUUUAAAUAGGGUGACCAUAUUCUGACUUCCAAAAAAAGAUUACACAACUGCACGGGGACAGAAUCACGGAGUCGCACAAAGUUAAUUUUUAAGAGCUUUACGGGUCGCAUCAAGUGUCUUUUAAGCGCUUCUAGCUCAGUAAGUCCACGUGACACAUAACCAAAACUUGCGUACAAACCGCUAACAUUUGAAGGAUUUUAUUAACUUCCCCGGACAAAGCUGGACAAACUCAGACAGCCCCCAAAAAAGAGGAUAUGUCCGGGUAAAAGAGGACGUAUGAUCACUCUACUUUUAAAUAAAUCCUUUUUGUUCUGCAUUUUGGGUCCUUUCCCUUUUUGUUUAACUUCAGAUCAUCACGUGAAUCUCCAUAUAUAUAUUUUUUUUUACACUUUAUUCAUUAUUUUACACACUAUGAAUAAGAAAAAAAAAACGAGAAGAGACCAUCUGAUGAGUCAAUGUUGAAGUAGUAAUUGUUGUAACUGUGACAGAAACACUGUCUAUGAAAAAGAACUUUUUUUAUUUUUUUUCUCUCAUUUCAGUCUUGAAUGUAAAGACUCAGACUUUAAAAGCGUCUGCAGUUGAAUGUUUCUUACUCUUCAUCAUAGCAUCAAACUGUGAACCACUGUACCAGCUUAAACUCAUUGUUGAAAUUGUGUUAAAGUAUAAAGAGAUUCUGAUGUUUGGCUUGACCUUUCACUUUUUCCUUUUGUUAUUGGCGCUCUCUUUUGAAUGCCUUCCCCAAGUUUCCUGAAUGUAUUAUUUGUUGCGCAGAGAAAUUCUGGUGGUUUCAUCACGCUGCAAUCAAAAGAGGUCCCUGGUGUUGUGUUGUCCUCCUUCUUCUUUGGUUUUCUGUUGAUUAAAUAUGAGUCCCUGUUGUCACCACCUCGUUCUUUGUUUGUUAAGCAACACUGCGUCUGUUGAUGGUCGUGCCAGCUCUUUGCGCUCCCUCUCCUUCUACUUCGUGCCUUUUUAUUCCAAAACAGUUCAGAAGCACGUCACUUCCUGUCCUUUCUGUCGCUACUGUAAAGACAUGUCUGACACAAAUGUGAAAGUGUUCAUGAACUUGGGACCGGGUGAUUCACCACUGAAUGGAACCAGUCAGCUCCAAGUUAUUAUUUGAUGUUAGUCAUUCUCACUUAAAGUUUGGUCUGCGGCGGCUCUGAGUCACAGCCACAAAUACUGUAAAGCCGUGUCUCUUUCGGAGGUGCGCUUCCUGUCAGAAGUUAUUUGCUGGUUUAUUCAUCUUUUCUUCUUCUGUUGUUGUAUUUUCAGGCCUGAGACCCAGCAGAAAGCCCCUGUUAGUGCCCCUCCUCCCCCGCCGCCCCCUCCGCCUCCCCCUGAGCCGACGGGGCCCCCGGAGCCGGAGGAGGAGAUCCUGGGCUCCGACGAUGAGGAGCAGGAGGACCCUGCAGACUACUGCAAAGGUCAGAAGGAGACACAAACUCACACAUACACACACACACACACACUGAAGUCUGCUCCUGUCUGCGAUUCUCUCCCUCUCCUCCCUCUCCUCCCUCUUGAUGGGAUUUGCAGCAGCGUCGUUAAAACCAUCAUGGCAGUUGUGACACCAGCGUUUCAAGGUUGUUUGGUUACUGCCAGAAAGGAGCAGCAGUCUCGUUUCCUGCAGUGGCUCUGCAUGCUAAAGACUCUGCUGUCUGCUCAGAGGUUUAUGCACACUGCACAUACAAUUCACUAUCUGCAGGUACAAGAAGCACAUCACGUUAUCAUUUAAUGUAUUUCUUUUCAUCAAUACAUCAUAUACUUAAAUGUUUUCUAGUCUCUUGGGUCUUUUUCAGAUGACUUGUUUGUCAAAUCACUUUUAUAAAUGACCAGAAGAGAAAGGAAAUGAUCAAAUCUACUUUUAUGUUUUGUUUUGUUUUUUGCUUCUUUGUGUAGUCUUCAACAUUUCAGCACUUUUUUUUCUUUUUAAAGACGCCCUGUAAGAAAAAACACACAUACUGUCAUCAUUUAAAUCAAUAAUAGCAGUAAAAUUAAGCCUUUCUUAUUUUCCCUUUUUAUUUUCUCUACUGUAAAAAUCACACAGUUAUUCAGUUAAUGUUCAAUGAACUACACCUACAACAAUUAUACCCUGGUGAGCAAGACUUUGUAGUCUGCCAGCUGGUAGGAACAAAGAGGACGCUCAGCUCCAACAAUUAUUUAGUUAUUGUUUAAGGAGAGACCCUUCUGUAAGAAAAACAUGUUCGACAUCAAACAUUAACUUUUUUUGAACCUCUUUAAUUCCUUUACCUUUAAAAGGUCAUCUUUUGUAGUUUUUCUGUCAUAAAGGCAGGUUUAUUUUCAUGAUAUUCUGACAGAUUUACAGAUACAAAACCAACACUUGUAGGCAUGUUUUCCCCUUUUAUGUAAUGUCUAGAUCACGCACUGCUUAUUUUUCUCCAUUAAUAAAGGCAAGGCAAGUUUAUUUGUAUAGCACCAUUUGCUAACAAGGCAAUUCAAAGAGUUUCACAGAAGGAAGGAAAUAUAUUAGAAAUGAAAAAUAGAGAUUAAAACAAUUCAAUCAAACAUCAUUAUUAUUAUUAUUAUUAUUAUUAUUAUUUCGAUUUUGCCCAAAUUAUUUAUGAAAUAGAAAUAAAUCACAAGUUUCCAGACAGCAGCAACAAAAGAUUUCUUUCAUGAUGUCUUAAAUCUGUGGAGUAAUUCUGUCCUGACUUUGUCCUGCAUGUCAGAGAAGAGUAAAAAAUAAUAUCUCACAUUCUGAGGUGACAUCUUCAAACUUUUCUCAUACUGCAUUACUGAUAAUGACCGUGACUGGAGAUCCUUUUAUUCAGUUGUUCUCUGUCUGUCAUAUUCUUGUGAAGUUGAAAUCUGAGGUUUUAUGAUUAGGGGAAUAUAUAUAUAUAUAUUUUAAAUGUGCUCGUCAGUUCAAAAAGACUCCGGGAGGGACUCUUGGGGUCAAGGUUGAGAUGUGCCGAGGUUGAUAAAUUUCACAGUGAGGUCUGAAAAUGUAAUAAUAAGGUGUUUGACUUGCACUAGCGCUAACCAUGCUAACAGCCCAUUUUUUCACCCUAACUUCACCGGGACCUUGAUUCCAGCUCUGCAUGAAUUGAGGGUUGACCGAUGUGAGAAUGCAGCAGAAAAACUCAUCACUAGCGAAGGAGUGAUUAUGUUUAUGUUGAACACGAAGAGCAUAAAGCGUCGCACACUGAGGCGUAACAGAAUGACGAUAAAGAUUUGUUUUAUCUUGAAAAGAAGCGUGAUGUUUUAUUUUGUGUCUGUGCCCGACUUCCUUUCCAGCACGGGUUAAUCUGUGCUGAAUUUAUCCGACAUGCUCCGGCCUCUUGCGAUCCACAGCGGAACGGAAAGAAGCCGGUGGAAAUUGACACAUUAACUUAAAUGGUCAUGAUCAGCUGCGAUCUGCAGAUACGGCCUUUUUGUAGCCGUUUCAGAUGCAGUUGAAAUUGGGGGUUACACCUCCAUCUUGGCUGUGAGGCCAAGAGGCUGAGAUUGUUCAGUUUUUUGUUUACGUAUGUUUAAGUAAAAGUGGUGACUGGCGUUGAAAAAAUUAUUUCAAAGUUGUAGGUGUUGAUAACGUGAACAGCCUUUAAUGAAAUGCAGGGUUGUGCUCAGAUAGUUAAACCCAACAGCGGUAUAAUAAAAGCAGCAGAAAACAACAAAACUUGUUAACGUUUGGUCACUGUAGGUGUUUACUUCAAAUACAUGUAUAUCUUAAAAACAUCCACCUCCGCUCUUUUCAGGAAUCGCAGUAUUUCAGACUCUUUUUUUGUUUUUUUGUUUUUUUAUAGGUGAUGUUUGUGGAGUCUUCAGCCUAAUUAAUCCAAAACACUUCCCCCUUGUUAUAUUUUCUGUCGGUGUGACCUCCGUCCUUCUCCGCUGCUCCUCCUCUUCCUUCUCUUCCUCGUCUUCCUCGCUAAUGGAUUUCAUGUCAUUGCCUGGUUAUCACCGACAGUCGCCUGUAACCUUCAUCUCCUCUCCCUCCUCUUUAUCUCUCUCAGGAGGGUACCAUCCGGUGAAGAUUGGGGAUUUGUUCAACGGGAGGUACCAUGUGAUCAGGAAGCUGGGGUGGGGCCACUUCUCCACCGUAUGGCUGUGCUGGGACAUACAGUGAGUCACACACACACACACACAAACGCACACAUGGUGUCAUAUACAGUAUGGCGUUCUGAAAUGCUCUCGUGCCUAUAGACUUACACACACACAGACACACACAGACCACAAACACGUCAUGACCUAGAAAAAGACCUACACACACACAAUGUCAACCACACUCACACACAGCCUCAUCCUGUAGUCCUUCACUUCACCUUGAUCCUCACACACACACACACCUGUUGACAGGAUCUAGCACACCAUCACCACGACAACCACUGCAACCAACACCGCUUGUUUUGGCUCCAGCGCCGUCCAUUUGCACCAUAUUGUUGUUUCUUUGUUCACAUGGCAACCGAGCCGGAUGGAUCGCAGUAUCUUCGAACUCCUAUCGCCUUUCAGUGACCCGCACGUCACACGCACAAACAUCUACUCAUGUCACUGGUGUUAAUUACACUAAUGGUGUUCAUAAACAGUUGGGACGGAGUUGUGUUACUUAAUGCACUCUGUGUGUCUGACACUAUACCUCAUGAAUAUGUAGAGAUGUCAGUUGGAGUUAGGUUUAUUUUUCUGUUUAUGUUAACUUUGGCGCCCCUGUGGACAAACAAAGUCUUUGCAUAUCUCGUCAUGAUGUCUUAUCUUGUCAUAAUGUUUGUUUUCUGACAAAACUCUCCUCCUACUGACUUUGACGAAAUAUUUAUUUUGAAUAUUUUAUGUGAAAAAUGCAAAAGCAGGGCUGUAUCCUCUGUUGGGUUGUUGAUGCCUGUCCCCUCACAACAACUUCAAGCAUUAAAAAUAUAAAAAUAAAAACUCUGAUCUGUAAAAAGGAAUCUGUAUGAGUGUUAGUCCUUUUUAUUAAUUUAUAUUUUUUUAAAAACUCAUCAUAGAGUCCGUGUACUUGGCGGCCAACAGGUUUUUGUUUUCAAAGGAAAAAAUGAUAAACAGGAGACAGGCCAUCUCAUGACGACUAGUAGGGAAUUGGAAAAUGACAAUGGAAAAAAAAAUGUUUUCCAUUUUUCGUUUUGAUCAUAAAAAUUGGAUAGCAAAAAAAAUAACUUAGUAUUUGACUUUCUGUGACGUGGCUUUAAACGGAAAUCAAAAAACAAAGUACGUGCGUGGAAAUCUUGUGUGUCAAGUUUCAUUCACUUGUUUGUUGCGCCUCUUAAGUCGUGACUUGUAGCGACUGAGCGAGAGGCUCUCGUUAGCACAGAUAUCUGUUGGUCGCAAAGUACACGGACCUCACAGGACCUUUAAUGUUUCUGGAGGGUAGGUGUCAGUAAAAGCUGUCUCUGUUUUUUUUUAAAGAAAAAUUUAGAGUUUGUGAUAUUUGAGUGUUACUUUAGAAAAUGACUAGAUUUUUUGAUUUUCCAGAAAAAAAAUUAAACACUUUCUGAGGGUUUCACAUGCAGCAAAGGAUUGUAGUUGAAUUAGAGGCUGCUGCAACGAGGACUGUUGCCUCUAUACAUCAUGCAGGUGUUAUGUUAACAGCCUAUUAUUUUUCUUUUUCUUUUUUCAUAGAGAACUGUUAGAUAAUUAUGUAUUUUUUAACUUUCAAGCACAAUAUCAAGUGAAACACUAAAGCAACUCAGGAUAAUUUACAUUCAAAUAAGUCUCUUUAUCGUUGUCUUUACAAAAUUUAGUGUUUCUGCCAUCGGUUACAUUCACUGAGUCAUAUAGUGCUCCACUGACUCACUGCUGACUCAAAACAAAAAUGCACAAACCCAAAAAUAAAGAUGGUAUUUGAAUGUCAUCACUUAGCUGUUUUUUCGUGAAUCGAGGCCAAAAGCUGCGUUUGUAUCACACUAUAAUGUUCUCUCAGUUGAAUCAGGUAAUGAGAAGAUAAAUAGAGAUUGAGAAGAUGAGAAGAUAUAUAGAGAGAGAUAUUCAGGAUAAAGUGCCUUACCCAAGGGCACUUUGACAGUGUUCAAGAAGUGACCUGGAACCUCUUCAGCUACUAGGCCAGAGUACAAAUAUGGUCUGACCAGGACUUGAACAAGCCGCCCUCCAAUCCUGAGCCCAAGUCCUUCCAGACUGAGCUACUGCUCAUAUAUAUAACUGCUAUAUUUGUGUUGUUGUAUUUAAAGUAAUUCUUACCAGUGUCUUGAUUUAAGAAUAGAGAUGACUGUAAUUCAAUGUACUUUAUGAACUAAACAUCAAGUAGGGCUGGGCGAUAAACCGAAAAUUUACCGAUAAUGAAAUUUACGACAAUAACUGAUGUGAUUUUGCCCAUGUCGGUAUAUUUGGUGUCAGAUAAAUAAAUAAAUAAAUAAAAGUUGGUUUUGGAUGUGUGUAGGUAGGCUAUGGUUUCAUGUCCCUUUAAGACGCUGUCCUACAUCAGAGUAACAAAGAGGGAGAGACAGGUGAGGAGAUGGAGGACCGUUCAAAAGUUGUAGCGGCUGAAGUAGACAAAGUUAAUGUGGGAGGGGGUGAGCAGCUUGUAGAGUAGUUAUCGUCCAUUUAUCGGUAUUGUGGUGAACUGCUCAAUAUAUAUAUAUAUAUAAAUAUAUUGACUUAAGGCCAUAUCGACCACCUCUAACGUCAAGAUUGCUGUGUGGUCUUAAACAGUUUUGAGUCCUAAGUCCUGAGACUCCAUUCACAGUUCUUGGAUCAUUCACAUGUUACUAAAGUUGUGUUCCUCUGGUUUUUGGGAUGCAGUUGUUAGCUGAAAUCAGCCUAAAUAGCCGUACACGUAUGAUUUGCUUGUGGUGAUGUUGUUAUUUUCAAUCAUGGUGGCAGCAGGAAGCAGGAAGAAGCUGUGGCAACUGAACUACUGUGCACCAAAAGGGACAAAACAGUGAGAUUGAAAAAGAAAUAACGUGUUACUCAGACUUUCACCACAGUUGAUGGAUUAAUCCUGGGAAUUGGGGGAGAAGUAUUAGUAAAAAUAAUGUAAAGAUCAUGUUGUGUUCUGUAUGUGGUUUCUGUGGUGAUCCUGUCGGUCACACAGCUGAUCAGGACACUAAAAGAAAACAGCCUGGACGGUUUACACUGACCGGAUGUUUAUGUUUGAUUAAAAUUCUUCUUCUUUUUUUCUUUUUUGUUAUAAAACACCCAAAAGCUGCAUUUGCAUUUCCAGAGGCAGUGUGGGCAGUGUGAAUAAUGGCUGAGCAAAUGUGGCACUUACAGGGACAUUUUAUAAUAUCUCUGACAAGGACACAUUUAUCAGCAUAACUGGCUUUGGAAACCCUUUCUACAUGAGUCAGUGUAAAGUUAAAUAACUGUAUUUGUUUACCGUCCGUACAGAGUGAAGAACUUUGUGGCGAUGAAGGUGGUGAAGAGCGCCCAGCAUUACACAGAGACGGCUCUAGAUGAGAUCAAACUGCUGCGAUGUGUGAGAAUCUGUUCAUCGGGUUUAGACUUGUUUUGUCCUUUCUCUCUGUCGUCCCUUCACGCCCUUUCUCUUUCUCUCUUCUCUUCACACCUCACAUUCCCUCCAUUCUGAUCCUUUGUUGACAAAAACACCAAAAGUACACCGGUCAUUUAUCUUGCAUGCCUGAUGCAGAGAACUGUCAUCUGUGAAUCAAUUUUUCAGCAUCUGUGUCUCUGCCAUCAAACUCCCUUGACCUCUUUCUUUCUUUCUUCGUCUUUAUUUUCCUCGUCCCCUUUUGUCUUCUUACUCUCGUCCAUUUUCUCUUCUUUUCCUUCUUUCUGUUAUGUUUGUUUCAUCUCAGUGUCCUCUUCUUUUUUCCAGGUGAGAGAGAGCGACCCGUCCGACCCAAACAAAGACAUGGUGGUUCAGCUGAUCGACGACUUCAAGAUCUCUGGAGUCAACGGCAUUCGUAUCCUGAUCAGAAGUGUGUGUGUGUGUGUGUGUGUGUGUGUGUGUGUGUGUGUGUGUGUGUGUGUGUGUGUGUGUUAGUGUGAGUGACAGAGAUGUGAUAAUGUGAGUCCUUGACUCUCCGUCUCAGAUGUGUGUAUGGUGUUUGAGGUGCUUGGUCACCAUCUGCUGAAGUGGAUUAUUAAAUCCAACUACCAAGGUCUGCCGCUGCCCUGUGUGAAGAGCAUCAUCAAACAGGUGAGAGCACAAAACGCAAAAAAAUAUAUUUUUUUAGAAGAUACAGUUUUUCAUGAUAGAAUGGUGAAUGACAGAAUGAAAUAAUUCUGAUGCCGUACAUCUAGAUAAAAACAGAGAUUUCCUCAUUUAGUGUUUUAAGUAAAUAGAGAGGGACAAAAAUAUUUAUGAUGAAAUAUUUUCUCCAAUUCUACUAAAACAUACUAUUAUUGUGGUUUAAGGGCCACAUAAAGAAAAAAAAUUAAGACUUUGAGAUUAAAGUCAUUAACUUACGGGAAUAAAGUCAUUUCUUACGGGUAUUAAGGCAUUAUUUAUGAGAAUGAAGUCAUUCAUUUAGGGGAAUAAAGUCGUUACUAAUGAGAACAAAGUCAAAACUAACGAGAAUAUAGCCAUAACUAACUAGAAUAAAGUCAUUAACCUAUGAGAAUAAAGUCGUAGUAAAGUAAUUACUUAUAAGAAUAAAGUCAUUACUAACAAGAAUAAAGUCAUUAACUUACAAGAAUUAAGUCAUUACUUUUGAGAAUAAAGUCAUUAACUUAUGAGUAUAAAGUCAUUGCUAACAAGAAUAAAGUCAUAAUAAAGUAAUUACUUACGAGAAUAAAGUUCUUAUAUUCUAACCUGUUGUUGUUUUAGAUGACAGUUGUUGAAAUGAGAGCCAUGGAGCUGUUCGUGAAAAUGUACUUCAACAUAGGUUUUUCAAACAAGGACAUACUUAAUGUUUUGGCACAUUAGCACCAAAUUAUCAAAAGUAUCAUAAUAAUUUUAUUUCGAAUAUACUCCGUCGUAGAAACCUGAUCAAAGGGCAGGAUUUAUCAUGAGUAAUUUUGUAGCUUUUUCAAUUCAGAGAAGGAUUUCAGUUUUCUCUUUGUGUUUUGUAAAAAUAAAUACCUGCAAACCAACAAAAUAUAAAUAUAAUAAAACACAAGGAAAUACAGCAAACAUUAUAAAAGGCUCAAUUUAUUUAGCAAAACUCCAAAAUAAAUGAAAAUCUUUAUAGAGAUUUGUUAACUAGUUAAAUUAGAAGUUCAGGUCAUGUGAGAAAAAGGCUCAACAAUCAAACUUUGUGUAAAGGAGUUAUUUUAAAAGAGGUCGCUGACUCAGCAGACCUGAUCUCCUCAGGCAGAUCGAUCCAGAGUUUCGGACCACUAACCCCUUUAGUUUUCUAUUUUAUUAUCUGAUGACCCCGUUGUAAACAAAGACCAGCACACAGCACCAGUACCUGAGGCUGUUUCAUCAAAUCCUCCCAUGAAGGCUCAAGACCACAAGCUGAGAAUAACAUCAUAACAGCAGGCAAUAUAACAGUACCUGACUUAUACUAAUGUGGCUAAACGGACGCCUAACAACUUCAAGGUAUCCACAAAACCAUGGAAAGUAACAUCCCCGAGCUACAGCACGUCUAACCUGACUAAAAAAAAAACAACAAACUGGGGCUGAAAAAUGCUGAACACCAGUAUCAGACAAAAGAGAACAUUUUUGGAUCUGGUGAUCAUGUGAAGCUACUUUAAAAGUGCCCACAACAUACAAAUGUGAUGAAAAAUACCAUAUAUAGUGUCGUAUAAUUCCAUUUAAUAAUCACCAAGGAAAUAAAACUGCAGGAUAGGAAAGACUAAGUGAGAAAGAGAGAGAAAAAGAAAAAUGUUCAUAGAAAACUAGAGACUCAGACAACAGAGCUCCUUGCCAAUACUUACAGACCUAACCCGCACUUGUCCACUUCACACUUUAGCAUCUCUAAAGUCCUAUGAUGCAGGACGAGUGGACUUUUCCCCCUCAGCUACCUGAUGAGUGUGUGAAAUUUCCGAGCCAUUUCAGCUUCUGUGGAUCCCUCUGACGCUUAGCUGAAGAUGAUGAGUACAAAUGAAAUGAGACCGUUCCUUUGCUCGAGUCUGAAAGCCUUCAGACACAAACAAAUGAGAGAACCAAAGAAACGGAAACAUCAACAGCCUCCCUGCUCUACCCUCACAGAGCGACGAGUACUAGAAGAGCAACUAGGAGACAAAAAGAGGACAUAAGAGGAGGAGAUGGAGAGAGAGAUGGAGAACCAAACAGACUUGAUAGUAAUCUUUGUUUUUCCAUUUAUCUGGAUGUGUUUGCAGGUCCUGCAGGGUCUGGACUACCUCCACGCUAAGUGUAAAAUCAUCCACACAGACAUCAAGCCAGAGAACAUCCUGAUGUGUGUAGACGACGCCUUCGUGAGACGCAUGGCUAUGGAGGCAACUGAGUGGCAGAAAGCUGGAGCGCCACCGCCGUCCGGAUCAGCAGGUAGACACAGAAAUCCUCGUCUUUUGUGUCUCUUAAAGGAUGUAGUCUUGAAAGUUUGGGAAGUUUACAGAGAGGAAAGAUUUGCAGGGAGAUAAAAGAAAAAGGUAGUCACACCUUUUUUUUUUUUGCUUUAUUCAUCCACCAUCACCAAGUUCCUCCUCUGCAAAAAAAAAAUGUCGUGGAAGAAAAAAAGAAAAAAAAUAAACGUCCUAAAAAAACUCGACAUGAACCUUGUCCUCCCGCUGAACCCCACAAUGAGCUGUCGAUUGCUUGCAUCAGCCAUAGAAGUUGUUCUGUGCCACGGGGAAACCAAUUACACUGCUUAUAUUUCUAUGCAAUUAAAGCCGGGCACAAACCCAUCAGCUGUCAAAACAAGGGGGCUCACUUGUAACAGAACCUGUCUUUAAUUAAAAAAAAGCAGAGUAAAUAAAAGCUUUAAAUGUCAUUAAUGUUAUUCUAAAAUCUCCUUUUAUCUCUGCUUUGUUUGAUUCUGCAAACUUAAACCCACAGGAGACAAAAAGACCUCAUACUUGGGACUUUUGGGGGUUAUAAAUAACUCAAACUGGUUGUUGCACAGACAAUAAUAUUUCUCCUGCAAGUUUUUAAAGAUAUAUUGUUUUAUCUUUUAUCUUAAUCGCAGAGGUUCCCAAACUUUAGAGUCAAGGACCCAAAAGGAAAUGUUUGUUUCUCUCUGGGUUCAAGAUUUAAAAAAAAUACAUAAUGAAUUUCCAAAACAACUAGAUUUAUAAACUAAUGAUGAUGAACUGGGAACAUUAUAUAGACGCAAAUAAAAUGGUUUUAACCAUGUGUAACACUUCUACACAUCUGUUAUCCAUUAAUCUAUUCUUGAUGUUUUAUUUUGUUUUGUUUUAUUGAGAAAAAAAAAAGUUGUGAAAAUACUGUAUGUUGCGUUUGAAGUCAUAUCUGUUGCUUUGAUUCCAUUUCUGACUGGUGUCAGAUGAUACAGUAGACCGUAUAGAAGCUACACUCACAGACACAUGAAGAGUAAACCAUUUAUCUUCAGGAUCUGGGACAAGAAGUGUGUAAGAUCCUUUCUGUUUGAAACUCUCUGAUUUCACUGACAGAUCCUGCGAGUUUUAGGUAUGGAGAGAGAACCUGCUCAUAACCUAAUAAUUCCUUUUUUUAGAUGAUACGGAGCGCAGUGUGAAGAGAGCUGUGUGGCGAUAUAGAUGUUUGCGGCACUUUGAAGCGUCUGAUUGUUGUUGUUUUUCCUCUCUGUCUGUCAGUUAGCACAGCCCCCCAGCUCAAACCGGUGAGUACAACAGAUGUGAGUAUGAAAUCAGAGCAACGCACACACACUCAAACAUAAAAGCACAAAGACACCGAGCGAGAAACAAGAUUACCCUCAACAUGUCAGAUAGUUUUUUUGUGUGAUUGAUAUACGACUGCAAAAGUAGACGAAGUGCACCAUAGUUUGUUGUAGAAAAGUCUUUAUUUUUUUAAAACCUGUCAUUAAAAGCUAAUUAUUUGCACCGAAUCCUCAAUCAAGGUGAAAAUCAACUUUUGCACAUUAUCUCUGUCCGAUGAUAACCACAAAUUUUAAAAACAUCAGCUUUUCAUAAGCUUAAGAUAUAUUUUGCAUCUAUAUUAAAACAUUUUUCUGAUCAUACAAUAAGUUUUCAAAUUGUUUGUUUGGGCCUCUUUUAGAUGAAUUUUAAGUGAGAUAUUUUGGUAUCGUGAAUAUUAGUGUAUAUUUAAGAAUUUACAACUCUGCUCAUCUGCAAAAUCCUGAAAGUGCAAUUCGAUUCUGAAUGACAUUGGUUGAGACCUGAGUGAACAUGCAAAAAUCUCAGCCAGGCUUUAUUUCAGCGCUGCUGAAUCUUUCAGAUCAGUUGUAAGGCAGAAGGAAAAUGCUGCUCAGUGCUAAAAUUGGUGUUUCUUAAAGGGAUAUUCUGACGUAAAUUUAAGUUACGGUCAAACACACCCUAACACCGAGUUAGACACCCCCUCGAUAGAUGAAUGUUGCCGACCACUUGCUUCUCUAGUUAUACCAACUUUAGUAACGACCGCACGAGCGCAAUACACAGCGGUCUCAGGGGCCACACUCAAACCUCAACCAAAAAGCUACAAAUAAUACUCAGAACAGCACCUAACUUCAUCAACAGUACAUAUAGGGUCACAGCCACAGCACUAGCCACCAAACAUCUUUUUAGCUUUGCCUGAUUUCUUUAGCAAAGAGACUAAACACAACUCACCCACUCUCUUCCAGCAGCCGCUUGUUUGUGGGGGGGCCCUGACGAGUCGAUCACCGAGAGCAGCAGAGUUUCGCAGCUCAAGGAAGAACAUUUAUAAUUAUCACUUCAUGGAAAUACAAUCAGAUUUCUUGUGUAUCUUGUAUGUGUACUGUAGACGCAGUAGUUCUUCUGCCUUAACGUCACAGACUGAUUGCAUUUUCAUGAAGAAAUGAUCAUAAAUUUUCCACUGCACUCGGUGAUCAACUCGUCAGGGCUCCCCCACAAACAAGCGGCUGCUGGAGGAGAGUGGGUAAGUCAUCUCAGGAGGGGGUGUCUAACUCAGUGUUACAGUGUGUUUGACUAUAACUUAAAUUUAGGCCAGUAUAUCCCUUUAACUUUGGUGUUUCACAUGCAGUCCAAAGUAGAUUUCUCUAACUUUACAUCAGUGUUUAAUAUCUUGUUUUGGCAAAAAAAAAAUCUCAAAAUUGUGAGCCUCAUUCUUCACUUUUGAUGGCAGUAAUAUAUAUUCCCAAAUUCAAAAUGCACCAGUGUUUAUCGACAUUGUAAAGCAGAAGUUUUAGAGCACAUUUAAAAAUCAAACACCAGUGACAAAACUUUGAACCUCUCAUUUAUUCACAGUUCUUCCUCUUUGUAAUCCUAACUCCUCCUUGUCUAUCCUAUUAUUUUGUCCCAGGUGGGAAAGAUCUCCAAAAACAAGAAGAAGAAGAUGAAGAAGAAGCAGAAGCGACAGGCGGAGCUGCUGGAGAGGCGGAUGCUGGAGAUCGAAGCCCUGGAGAGAGAGGCGGAGAGGAGGGAGGAGAGAGCCAAAGAUGGGGGUGAGAAGGGGGACCGUGAGCACAACCCUCCUUCACCUCUGAAGAAGACGUCACCGCCGAUCGGCCCCAGCAUGGCUCUGGGAGAGAGCGAUGAUGAUGACGACGACGAAGAGGAUGAGGAGGAGGAGGAGGGAGGAGAGAGGGAGAGGCCCAUCAGGUUGACGAAUCAUACAUGUGAGUAACGUUUCCAAAGUUGAACGUAAACGAUACACAUGCAGUCACAUUGCAUCAAUAAACUCUGCCUGUUAUUUCAUUGAUUUGCUAUCUUUUUGCAGAAAUUUGUAAUAUGUAUUAUUAAGUUUUUUCCUCCUUGUCUUUUAUGCACAGUCUCAGCAGAUCACUGUGUCCUGUAGUUAGUUCAAACAAUGAACAUCUUCACCACAUAACACAUCCUCAUGUUCGUUCUUAUGCUAACUUAUCAACAGUGCUACCAGAGGGUCACAGACUCUACAGGGAACCUUUUAAAGAUUCAUCUCUAUACCGUCACAUUUCUAGAUUCUCUUAACUCUUUCCCCAAUUAUUCUUGUCGCUAUCUUUGCCAUAGUCAUAAAUUAAAGGUGAAAGAAAAGUCAGUGUUACAGAGCUUUAGUAUAAACAGGAGUAGUAGAUAUUAAAAAUGGCAUUAAAAGGCAUCUGGCAUGGUCAAAUCAUGAUGAAAAAAAUUAAAUUACCUGUUUGAAUUUGAUGUCUUUAGCUGUCUCAGGUUUGCACUCUUGAAAACUUCCCAGAUUUUUUUUUUUUCUUCCUGCAUGUGUGAAAGUAAAACAGGGGAAAUUUUCACCCAAACUCUAAUGUAUUCACCACAACUGACAGAGCAUGAUGUGGGGCUUUUUAAUCCCACACUGGGUGCAAAACAGGAAUAGCAACAUGUAAAAAGAGAGUAGUAGUAGAAGGAGGAGGAGGAGUAAUAACUGAAUUGAUGUAGCACCUUUUAAAAACAGAUGUUUACGAAGUGCUUUAACAUAUAAAACAAAGGCAGAAACAAACAAAGGAAAAUUGGAAGAUGGAAAAGAAGAAGGUGGACAGGGGACAGAUGAAUAAAGAGAAAUAAAUACAUAAAUAAUAAAAUAAGAAAAGGUAAAAUAAGAGUAAUAAUGAAAAGGGAGGAAGUGCAUUCAAACAUGAGAAAAUAGUUAAGACAGGUCUAAAAAUGAUUAGAAAGCGGUGAGCAGACUAAAAAUAGUGCAACAGUAAUUAUAAGAUACAUAUGCAGAUGACAUAGAAUAAUAUCAAUAAAUAAGAUUAAACAAGAGAUGUGUAGGCAAUAAAAUAAACAAAUAAAUAAAUAAAUCAUGCAUAUGUAAAAGCUAGUCUAAAAAAGUGAGUUUUAAGGAGCCCUGACGAGUCGAUCACAGAGUGCGUGUGGAGACGUAGAUCGCUGUAUAUUGCUAUCGUGCGGUCAUUACUACAGUUGGUAUAACUAGAGAAUCAAGCAGUCAGCAACACUCGAGGGAGUGUCUAACUUGGUGUUAUGGUGCGUUUUACCAUAACUUGAAUUUAUGCCGGAAUUCCCCUUUAAUUCUUAUCCGUUUAUCACUCAUUAAAAGUUUGACUGAAUUAUUUCUUUCUUUCUGGAGACGGACACACAGUGAAGUGUGAUGUUAUAUCUUGUUCUGUGUUUAGACCAUCAACACACCAGAAGGAGGGUUUUCUAAAGCUAUGAUAGCCAAUGACAGACAUGCAGCAUGAGUGAGUGUGUGAAUAUGUGUGUGUGCAGGUUUGUGAAGUCUGUCUGUGAAUGAAUAGCAGCGUGGAUUGGCUCCAACCGGGCUUCCCACGCUGGUCCCACUGUGUAUGGGAGGCCGGGCUGAUUCACAAAAAAAUGAAAACCGUCUUUCUCCGACUCCCUCCUCCAGCCCGUCUCUCAAGCUCCUCUCUUUAUCACUCUCUUUUUCUCUCGUUUUCCUUCUUUUCUUCGGUUUUUAUUCACUUUUUCUACGCUGCCUACUCUCCCCUUAAAUGCGCUUGUAUCUCCUUCCCACCUACUUCCUUUCUUAACCGUUUUGCUUUUUUUUUUUUUUUUUUAUACUAGGUGCGGCGCCUCCUCAGGAGCAGAGCGAGUCACCUCACAUCAAUGAGGAUGAUCCCGAUGCAGAGGUGGAAGAGGAGGAGGAGGAUGAGGAGGAGGAGGAGGAAGAGGAGGAUGAAGAAGAAGAGCUGACACCUAUCGCCGAACAAGAUCCCCCUAUUCCCCCCAUCACAGAGGAAGGUAACGGAGAUCCUACGCAGGCAGGAGAGGAGGAUGAGGAGGGGGAGGGAGAGGAGGUGGAGGGGGAAUCGAAAGAGGCAGAGGAUGAGAAUGAGAAAGAGGUGGUGGAGGAAAAGGGAGAGCAAGAGGAGGGGGAGAAGGAGGAGGAGGAUGAAGAGGAGGAGAAGGGGAAAGAGACUGAAAAAGAGGAGAAGGAAAAAGAGGAUCCAAAGAUUGAGAACAAAACAGAGGAGGAGGUAGAGGUGGAAAAAGAGGAGUCGAAGGAGAAGGAGCUGGAAGAGGAGGAGGAGGAGGAGGAGGAUGAAGAUGAGGAUGAGGAAGAGGAGGAGGAUGAUGAGGAAGAUGAGGAUGACGAUACAACCGCUGACCUCCUCACAGAGAGCACCUCCCCCAUCAUACCAGACAACAACAAAAACAAAUCAGUCAAAACCAACGGUCAUGUUUUACUGGGAUCUGAGGGACUCAAAGCAAACCCCGGCACGCCUCCCCCUCCCUCCCCGACCCCCGAGCCUCUCCUCUGCCCCCUGGUGGAGUCGGAGCUCAGCUACACAGACAGGGACAACUCUCUCAGCUCCGGUUAUGAGAUGUAUAACGGAGAGGUGAGCGAGCAAGGGCUGACCAACGGCUCCACUGAUCACCACAGGGGCACGAUACCCAUCUUCCCCGACCUGCCCCUGGAUCCUGUACCAGGAAACCCCAUUUCUGUGGGAACAGCAGACAUCGGAGAGGGACCUUCACCCAACAGCCCCACCGCUGACCGCAGUCGCACUGUGUCGUCCUCAAGCACAGGGGACACACCUAAAGGUACGCGUUGGCUGUUUGGUGCAGAAGAUGACUGUCAUGUAUAUGUGUGUGUUUGUGCAAAUCAAAAUGUACUUUUCCAAAUAACAUGAAGUGAUCAGAUGAUAACUGAUACCAAUGUGUGAAAAGGGAGCGAUCAGUUUUACAGUGUGCGAUAGGGCUGCCAAGUUUUAGAAAAUGACAAGAGUGAGACUUUAGCAUUAUGAUGUGUUCGGUCGGCGGCGAAAUGGAUUUUUUGCCUUUUUUAACAUCGAUUUAUACUGUAAGACUGAUGUCCUCACCUCCAUGCCAGCUGCUCUCACUAAUGCUAGUCUAUUCAACCAGAAAUUAGAAAUAAAAAUUCUAACAAUUUUGACAAAAUAUACAUUUAUUCGUCAAUAUUGUAUUACGUCGAGUGGGUUUUAAAUGUCAACGCCGUUGUGUGUUAAAGAGAGAGACGCCAAGACCCCCAAAAAACUCAGCGUUUCAGUUACCAAGUUGAAAAAGAGCAAAAUCAGAGGCAAAAACAAGAUGGCUACGAUGUAGCUACGAUGUAUGCUACGAUGUAGCACUUGCCUUAUAUUCGGACAGGGCAAGUGCUAAAAUAACUUCCUUUGAUGUAGCCAUCUUGUUGGCUUUUUCCUGACUUGGUAACUGAAACGCUGGGAACUCGGGUGCGACGUCAUUUUCAGCUCCUACAUCUGACUCCCGAGGUGACUCAAACGCAGCAUUUGGCACAAAGGACUGAUGGAUUGGUCUGGGAUUGGUUAUCUCAGGUCGGUCAAUCAGAGUUACUCGAACUACGGAAAGCUAAAUUUAUUAUCAUAAAAAAAAUAAAUACAGAGUAUUGAACGGGGGAAAAAUAAGAGUGAGAAAUGUCAAGUGUAGCGUGUGAUGUGAGAAUGGGUCAAAUUGCGUGACUGUCACACUGAAAGCGUGACGCCUGGCAGCUCUGGUGUACAACAAUUCUCCUUCUAUUAAAGUCUGUCUAAUGCUGGAGAAAUUUUUUAUGUCAGAAAGGUUUGGUCAAAAGUUUUUGGAUCUAUUGUCGAUAAAUUCUGCCUGAAAAUAUUACCUCUGAAUGUGUACCUCCAAUAUUAAAAUCUAGAAAAACGACCCCCUUUCAAACAGUGUGUCUAUCUAACCUUAUGGAUGUACAGAUUUGAAGCUGUAAACCCAAAAGUGACAGGAGUGCUAUCUAACUAGCACUCUAGCUCAGUCAUAAAAGGAGUGUUUUUCAGCUCUUGUUAUUUUACAUAUUAAUGACACUAUGAACACAAACUUAUUCAACAAAGUCCGAUCUCUUUCACUACGUCAAACUCGAGCUAAAAGAAAAAGGAUCGUUACACUCGUAGGCCUGAGUCUCAGUGAUGCUGCUCAGCUGGAUCUCUGUUUAUUUAACUGCUGUAGCUUGGAGUGACUCAGCAGUUUCUGUUACUAUAGCAACUGUGGUGUCAUGGUAGCAUUGUAAGGAUGAAAAAAUAAAUAAACCCAGGUGUUACUAACAGACAUUUUCUGUUUUCUGUAAGAAAAACCAACAAACAUGCUAAAAAUAGAAUAUACAUGAGGAUACUGUCACGUUCAUGAGCCUACAAACUAAUUAUUUAUUGCUGCCUUAUUUAUACAUCCUUUACACCAAGGUUGCCUAAAAAAGACAGUUUUAAUCCACAUAUAAAUGAGAUUUCACCCAGAGAGAUAAAUAUAAGGAAUAAUAACUUCAGUUAAUUGAGCUCUUAGCUGAAGUAGCUCAUCAGCACAGUCGAAAUGAACAUCGCUGUUUUAAUUUCCUAUCUCAUAUAUGAUUGCUGCCUGGAAAGAUAAUCCAGUGGCUCAUUACUUUUACUUUCCAGAUUUCUCCUCUGGGAAUUAUUGAUUCACCACCACUAUUACUCAUCCACCCACAGUGGUAUUAUUAUUAUUAUUACACUAACUUUGGGGUCAAUGUAAGGAUCAAAUUCCUCAAGUUUUAAGAGGAUCUAAAAGAAACAUUACAUAAGUCUGUUAGUCAGUUAAAUGACAGUGAAUAUAUCAUUUCAUCGUUUUGAGUAAUGUUUGUUCCUACCAUCUUCUCCCAGUCAGGGCCAGAGCUGCCGAUCUCCUGAUCAACCCACUAGACCCAAGAAACGCCGAGUCUAUCCGAGUCAAAAUCGCUGAUCUUGGAAAUGCUUGUUGGGUGGUAAGACACAUUAUCCUGCACAUUACUUAACUAAAGUAUGUUUUUAUAACCACAACACUGAAACAGCUAAUGUAAAGUAUCUUUAAAAUGUAUUAUCAAUAACGAGAAAUUUGAGGAUCCAAAAUUCUGUGCUGUUAACCAAAGAGUCGAUAUGAAUUCAACAGAUUAUUGAAAGAUUCAGAUUUGGCGUAUUUAGCGAUAUAUGGGUGAAAAUGACACACAGCAGUGCGUUGCUUGGUGACCUUAACUCUCUCCUCUUCUUCUGUACAGCACAAGCACUUUACAGAGGACAUCCAGACGAGACAGUACCGCUCCAUUGAAGUCCUGAUAGGAGCUGGUUACAGCACCCCUGCAGACAUCUGGAGCACUGCCUGCAUGGUGAGGAGAGCGCACACACACUCACACUCACACGUUCAUGUGUUCAGCUCUUCCUUAUAGAUGACACACACACUUUCUGUAAAAUCAAAUACAGAGCUGUGUCUGGUCUCUUGCAGGCCUUCGAGCUGGCGACUGGAGAUUACUUGUUCGAACCUCAUUCUGGAGAAGACUAUUCUCGUGAUGAGGGUGAGUGUAAUCCACAUAGAUGUAUACUUUCUUAGAGUAUGAACGUAGAAAAUGUUUCACUUUUGAUUCAGUUAAAGUGUCUCAUGACAGUAAAAUUGAUAUACUGUUUACUCUGGUCGUUGACUUGAUUGAAAAUUGAACUGUUCUAUGUUUUUAAAUAUGAAAUCUGAGUUCCUGUGCUUUUUAAUCUCAGUGUGUUUCAGAUGAUUUCCUCAUUGUUCAGAUGCAUUGUUUUGGACAAUGGUGCUUUAACUGCACUUCUGCAUUCACUCAACAAUUGAUCAAGUUUACUUCCUCCUACAACAUAAACCAUGGUUUGAUAACAGACUCCUGAUUACACCAAGUAUGUCAAUUAUCUUAUACCUGAGAGAAAUAGUUGAUAUUUUCCCUUCGGUCAUUAAACACCAGCAUUUAUGAACUAUAAUCACUGUUGCGCCUUCAAAAACCAAAGUUUACAAAGCGCUGUGACAGACAGAGCAGAACAAAUGGAUUUCGACAAUAAAGAAGAAAAAAAUAAAAAAUUAAAGUCAAUAAAGGAGCAAGAAAUGCCAGAACAAAAGGCAUAAAAGAAGAGGAACAAGACAAGAAAAACGGAAAAAAGAUAUAUAUACUGAAUCUUUAACUCCCAUUUUGCUAAUCUCUACAAAUUACUGCAGGUGUAGCUUGGAUUGGAUGUUUAUUUUCUUAUACUGUUUUAUCUCCAGGUGCCAGUAUUUGAUUUUAACGAUUGACAUCUUUAUGAGGACACUUCUCUUUAAAUAUGCAUCUUCAGUUUUAACUGUUUGGUCCAGAACUGCAUCUGAACAAUGGGCAAAAACUGCGUCAGAAUGAUUUAUUUGUGUUGUAAAGUGAUAAAAUGGCUUAGAGUGGGUUCGGUCAAAAGGAUAGUCAUCCCUCUACCCAAAAUCCCCCUAUCCACUGUCAACUGUAAAUCCUGUCCUUUGAUUCUGGUGCUAUGCCUCCACUCAUCCUCACCUUCACUCCUAACAUCAAAUCCUCAUAGAUACACAGUCAACUCCUGUUUCUGGACUUAUUAUUUGAUUAGCAACACAUUUUUCAACCAAAUGUCAAAGGUCAUUUUGGAGCAGCAGUAGUCCUGUGGGGUAUUUGUGUAUCUAUAUUUAGGUCAUAAAGUAAAGCACGACAAAUCCAGUCAGUAACUUUUCCAAGUCCACUUCCAAACCUCGCACCCUCACCCUCACCUCAUCUCCUAAUUUCUUCCCCUCCUCUGAUCUUCCUCUUUUGGCUGCAUGUGUGACACACAGUUAACCUCACUUUGCAUGUGUUGCACCAGCGAACAGCUGCUGUCAUAUAUAUACUGUGUAGCAUCAUGUCUGUUAGACACCCUUGACCUCCCGACCUUUAGGCCGAAUGAAGACAAAGUUUCAGGUUCUAGUUCUUCAUCUGAAUGCAUGUCACUGUGAUUCUGGAGCUGAUCAUUUUCAUUUCAUCACCACUGCUGUGGAGGCACAGCUCACUAACAGGUUUUUCUCCUUUACUCUCUGUGACUGUCUCUUUUUCCUUCCUUCCUUCCCUCCCUCUCUUUUCUUCCUCCCUUCACCCUUCUUCGAUCUUUUCUUCCCAUCACGUUGUUUCUUUGUCUUUCCCACAAUCCCACCUCUUUUGUAUCUCUCUCCUCUUCCUUGUCUGGACCAUCCUCUUUCUUUCCCUCCUUUGUUUUUGUUUUGGUCAUCCCUUUCCUUUCCCUUCUCCUCCCUCCCUCCCUACCUCCCUCUCUCCUCCAUAGACCACAUAGCCCACAUCAUUGAGCUCCUGGGCUGUAUUCCAAGGCACUUUGCACUCUCUGGAAAAUAUUCCCGGGAGUUCUUCAACAGAAGAGGUAGCGCUGGACUGAGAGCUGGAGGGACUGAGGCAUGCUGACAUCUGAUGUAGGCAUAAACGGACGUCCCAUUAAGACUGAGUCUAAAAUUUGGAACAGUGACCAAAAGAAGGAGAAAAAUCUUCCCUCAAGGAUCCAUUUCAAAGUGUCCGUGCCGUACACUGGAUCAGCAGCGUGUGUCAGUCCCAUACAGCCAAAGGUGUUGACGUGUGUGUGCAUGCUGUAAUGCUGAACCGUACCUGUUCCCUCUGUGAUGUAUGUGGUGGUGGGCAGACCACAUCGCUCUGAUCAUGGAGCUCCUUGGGAAGGUCCCACGCAAAGUGGUCGCUGCCGGGAAGUACAGCCGAGAGUUUUUCUCCAAGAAAGGUAAACGACACCGCCAGUAGAGGUUAGCUAGGUAGGGUGUAGUCUUACAGUAGGGGUAGCAGCUGUUGUAUUUUCCUUCACUUAGUCCCUUCACUCAGGUUGGACAUCAGUUUAUCAUUAGAGUUAACUUCCAGUUGAAGUCAAGUCGGAGACACAAUCAUAAGAAGUAAAUCACCUGAUGAAGUAAGCUACAGGACCAAGAGAUUGAGUUUGUGGAAAAGAAAACUGGUGGAACUUUCCUUUAAUCAUGUCAGCCUGAGACAUUUAUAGAGUAGCAGUAUUAUUUGCAGCUCAAAAAUCCUCUUAUUUAUUGUUCUACUGCACUAUUCAAGCUCUUGGUGUUACUUUUUACACAGCUAUAGGGUCAUGAAAUUACCUGAAGGUUACGCCUACAUGGAAAAAGUCAAAGAAUAGCCGUUAAUACCCUCAGCAGCUCCUCAUAUGUUUGCUGCUGCUAUAUAACCUGCUGUGUGUCCUUUAACAUUGCAGGACGAUCAUAGGAUGUUAUUCAAACGAGCUGUUCAGAAAAACUGAAACAAGUGUGAUCACACCACAUCCAUGCAGCUCAUAUUUGGAAACUUUGCCACGGUUUGAUAUGUACCCCACUGAAGCAAUAGACGGAUAUUAGACGCCUAUUUUUUUUUUAGACCUAAUUCAACCGUCUAAUUCUGUAUAUUUUUAGAUGGAAUUUAGACGUUGCACUUUAACCCAUUAUUGGAUAACUAUUUAUUUUAAAAAGACAGGAAAUAAGUACUUAACCAAAAUAAUUAUGAUAGCCGUUGAGCAGUAAACAGUGUAGUAUAGAUAAAGCCCAGAUUUAGAUUUAGUCUAAACUUGGUCUAAAUUUAGACGUCUGAAAACCUUUCAUUUUUAGACCUGUGGUAGCCUGAUUUUAGAUCAGUCGUCUAGGCUACAUUUAGACGUCUGUUAGACUUCUUUAAGACCAAAAAAUGCUGAGUGGGACACAUUCAACAUUGUACCAUGAUGUGUUUUAAAAUACAAAUCAUCAUAGAUGGUCUCCUUUAAGUUAAAAUGAUUAAACUUAAUUUAUCGCACGAACAAACCGAUUUAAUCUAAAUAAGAAAAUAAAUCCAUCUAAUUUUCUAGACUUGAGGUCAGUGUGAGGAGACAUUAUCAGAGGACUAUUUAACACUGACAUUUCUGUCAACCUGAAAAAACACCUACGACGAUAUUUAAUGAACUUAUCAAUGACCAAACAGACUAAAAUCAAAGGACAAUACCUUGAUAAUGACUGGAUAACUUUAUGAUUCAUCCACAGGUUCUCGUCCUCAUUAAAUGACGUUGUAAGGCAGUGGAAGGGUAAACUGAUAAAUAGUUGAAUCAGAGGCAGAAAAAGAGACAUGUAGGCUUUGUAGGAAGACAUUACAGUUGAAAAUUAAAGUAUUUUUGAUGUUCAAUUAAAUAUCGAGGGAGAAACUGUAAAUGAGGGUGUGAAAGCUGAAUCUUUAAAAGUUGGUCCACAGUGGAAGAGCGAGUCUAAGGUUUUAAGUGUGUGAUGCUCCUCACUGUCUCUGCUCCUCUCUGAGCCUGGUAAGUGUGUGGAUCUGUGAUUGGUACAGCUGAUAACCCUUGCACUCUCACAUUUCUCCUCUUUUUUUUUUUCUUCCUCCUCCUGAUCUCCCUCUCUUUCUGUUCAUGUAUUCUUCAUAAUGUGUCAUGAGACCUGAAUAUUCUGCCUUUGAUGUUGUCUCUAUCUGAAGUCUGAGCCUGCACUUGAUGUCUCAAUGUUCUUCCUUUUAUCUCUUGGCGCUCUGUUAAUCUGCUCUGACUUUCUCGCUCUGUCUCUCCGGGCUCCUCCUGUCUGCUGUGCCGCCUCUGGCCGUGUGUUGCAAUCUAGCGGCCUUGUUACCUCGUUUCCUUGACGUACGAUGGUCUGGUUUCACUGAAACUUCGGAGAAAAGUAGAUACGCUAAUUAGAGACUAAAAGACUUUAAUUCAAGUUCCAAAAGAUUGCACACAUAAAGCAUUUGUUGCGAGCCCUGAUGCGACAACAUUACAGCUGUAAGACUUAAAUUUGGUGUUUCCUUCCUCCUUUUUCGUAUCUUCCGAUCAGGGUGUUAAGAGGACAGGUUAGCAUGUCUUGAGCUGAACUCUCAUGAAUCAUUCUGUCACACUUUUCUCUCCCCUGCCAGUCUUGUGCCCUCAGCCAAUCAUUUUCUCCCUCUCUUUAAUAAUGAACACCUUCCUUUCCUCGCCUGUUUCCAUGAAAUCACGACUUUCUGUCUCUUUUGAUCCUGCUGUAUGUUCUCGUGGGUUCCAGCCAAGCCUCCACAGGUUCUCGCUCAUAUUGAUGUAGCAUAUCGCUAAUAAGCUCAAAUGUGGUGGAAGUAGCUGCUGUUGUGUUUGGCUGGAGCCUCUGGAAUUGUGGCCAAUUAUAGCAUCUGAUUAAAGGGUCACUUCACCCAAAUAACCCACAAAACACUCGUAACUGGAGGGAAACCCAGCCAUGCAGACAAUCUGGGGGAAAAUUAGGUAAUUGAAUUGAUUUUUGUUUAUGGAUGCUAAAUGUGGAGAAGUAUCAUGAAAACAAAUCAACAGCAGCAUCUUUAUUACUCAUAACAUGAGGUCCCUGUUACUCCAGAUGAAGGGUUAGCAAUGAUACAAAAUAGUGAGUUUUUGAUCGUAGCUUUAAUAAGAUUGAUUUUGCAAAAAAAAAAAACACUCUGAUGUGUAAGUGAUCACCUUUCUGGUUCAGAUCAAUCCAACAAUAGAAACUCUCUGUUUUGAGAUGCAUCUGAUUCAGGGCCUGUGUCCAUCAAUGACAUUUGAUAUGCUUGCAGUGCCGUGACCUCAACUUCAGAGUGUUUCUCACCAGCAUCGCCGCUAGUUUACAGAAGUUGUUUGCAAAACUUCUGCUUUCUUUGAUAGUGACGAUGAAGUCUUUUCAAAAUGUUUGCUUUUUGUAAAACUGAAUAAAGGAAACUUAACCGAAAAGUAGAAACACAUUAUUCAAAACAACACUGUUGCAUUGCUAGCUUUAUCCCUGCAAGCUUUACCCUCAGAAAAGAAUUGGGCUUAGUUACUCUUCUGUAUGUACUUCAGCUAUUGUGGAAGUUUGUUUAUGAAGUUGAUUUUGUUUCCUCACUUAGGAGGAAGUGACAAAGAGGAGCGCAGCAGUGUUCCAAAAGUUCAACAGUUUCAGCUGAAAGCGCUCUGAGGGAGUGUUUCACACUAAGUAUGCUAAGCUCUAAAAUAGCUCAGCAUACUAAUGAAAUUCUGAAACUGAUGCCUAGAAAGGACGUCCAAAGCUGUGAGGAACUUUAUGUAUCAAUCAUGUUGUCGCCUCUGAACAUUUUAUUACCUCUUGUUUUUUUGCUGGAUUUGUCCUGGACUUGAAAGCUUUUUUUUUUUUUAACAAAAUAUCUCAUCCUGUUUCUCUGAACAUCAAUUUUAUCACUCUCUUUUAUGGUGGAAAAUGUAAACAAAGGCUGUAAAAGCGACAGCCUGUGAAUAGCUUUAAUUGACACAUCACUUAGCAACAAUUUCAGAUGUAGAACAAAAUAUUUCUUAAGUUAACUGCAAGUAGAUAAUUUUACAGACUACAGGAAUAUUUCAUAAGAAAUCAAACUUAGCCCCCAGUAUUCAUAUUAAUGUAGUCUGUAGCAUAAUAACUCUGAAUUCCCUUCAUUAACAAUGGCACAAAACUCUCCCUUACAUAAUAGUGUCCAUCUGUAAUCCUGGCCCUGAUAUCGUUUGAUAUCAAGUCAAAGUGGAGACAAAAAUUUGUAGCGUCUCCCACCUUUACUCUGGACCAUCUGCACACUUGAACAUUUAGUUCCUUUUGUAAACACCACUGUCGAAAAGAAACAAAAGGAUUAGUCUCUGUGUGUGAGAAUACUGCUGACCGCUUUUUAAGUGUUGUAUUCUCAGCAACAAGGAUGCUGCUGUUUCAACGCUGAGUACAGCAUAAAGUUAAAUUUGUUCUGAAGGCAAAAACCUCAAAUAUCCUCAAAAGUAGAAAAUGAUGCUUAAAUAUCUGCAUGGCUGGGUAAUAUUAGAGUAAAAUGAGAAGACUGCUUUUCCAGGAUUUAACUUUUUUUAAACAAACUCCAAGACUUGACCAAAACUAGAAACCAAAUACGUCUCUCAGUGAUGUGGUACAUCUUUUAAAAUGUAUCAAAAUAUUAGGGCUGGGACGAUAUGCUUUUCUCCCGAUUCGAUUCUUGUAUGAUUUUUUGGAUGCUGAUUCGAUUUGAAUUGCGAUUCUACGAUUUUGCCGAUUUUUAGUCUGCAUUUCUAACACCAGUGAAACAGUUGAAUGAUUGUGAUUGUCUACUGACUACUUCAGGAACCAUAUUCACCCAAAAAAUACACAUCACAUGUAAGUCAGUUUUUAAGAUUUACUCUUAAAUUUGAAAAAAAAUAGAUUUUUUAACAUAAAAAUUGAUUUAAAAUUGUAAAACAAAAAAUUGCGACACUUAUGUGAAUCGAUUUUUUUUCUCCCACCCCUAAUAAUUAUAAAGUGUUUACUUUAGUGGGACUUUGAAAUCUCUCUGAACAGCUUUGCACUGUUUCUUUCCACAAAUGUUUCUCAAAAUGGUGUUAAAAAAUUUUAAUUUCUUAGCAUCUCUUUCCACCAAAACAGCUCUUUUUGGAAUAUAUGGAGGGUAAACUACUUGGGUGUUGGACACAUCACAAAAAUUUUGGUCAUUUCUUGCACUUUGUUGGAAAAAUCAAGUAAAACUGAAAAUCACUGGUUUGGUCUUUAUUUGGGUGAACCAACUCCAAACGUUUCUCCUCUCCUGUCCCUCAAUUUUUAACUCUUUUCUUCUCAACUUCUACAGGUGAGCUGCGACACAUCACCAAACUGAAGCCGUGGUCCUUGUUUGACGUGCUGGUAGAGAAGUACGGCUGGGCGCACGAGGACGCCGGCCACUUCACCCACUUCCUCCUGCCCAUGCUGGAGAUGGUGCCUGAGAAGAGGGCCUCUGCUAGCGAAUGCCUCAACCACCCCUGGAUCAACUCGUAGCCACAAACCCGGAUCAGACGCCCUCCUCCUCUUCUCCUUUUGCCCCACCAACAGUUAGCUCAAACUUCACCCCCUGGUUGCAGCUCCAAGUACAACAGUGUGGAGAAAGGAUAGAGACAAACUAAUUCUUCUUACCCUGUCCCACAUGUUUAUUACAAGAUAACCCGAGUAGACUCACGUUCAGCAGAAGCCCCUCGUCUUUCCCAAAAGGAAUGUAAAGACAAGUUUAUGGAGAUAACAUGACGUAAUAGUUGUGUCUUCCAAAAACUGAUCAAUUUAAGAUGGAUGCCGAAAGAGAUGGGCUUCUUCUCCUGUCAUCAAGAUGUCAGCCAACUCCUUCGAUCAUAUCUCUUCGCUCUUUCGCAGUUUGAACCUGUUUGGAUCCAGUCAAGGGCCACCAACAGCUGUUGAUCUUUUCAAUCAAAAAGGGGGAAAGAAGAGUCAACGAGAAGCCAAGAGCUCCAUCUGCCAUGACCUUUACAUAGCCAGGGCCUUACAGACAGACAGACAGACAGACAAGAGUGUUUGUUCUUGUGGGUGGGAGUGAGCACAUGUGCCUGUGCUUGAGAUCUGCCUACAGAGAAUCUUCUCCUUUCUUUCCAGCCCAGGUCCCUCUUCUUACCGCCCCUCACCCUGCUAUGGAAGAAGCACCCUCUUCUUGGGACUUGAAGUUUACACCCUUAUUUCUCCCCAGACCCUUUUCCCCUUUGGGUCCCCCAUUCCUCCCAAAUGAGCCGCAUGCUCCUGCCAGGGGGGGGCACCGCAGAGAACUGGAGGUCAGCCAGUCCUCCAGAAGGUGGGGGCACAGCAUUGACAGUUGCUACUCUGACAUAGACAGUGCAGGAUGAGCAAAAAAAAAAAAAAAUACAAUCAAUUCAACCUGGAGGAGGACUGCUGGGUGUGUAAAGACUAUUUUUAAAAUGCAUGGAGGGACUGAUGGAUCAGCAUGAGCGGAUGUAACAAAUGGACGAUGGAUGCGUUACUUUAUUCGUGCAUUUCGCUGGUUUCUUUCCUGUCUCAUCACCUCUCUUGGACCUUGUGUUAGAAAGAAUUAAGUUAGGAUAUUUUGGUGCCCCCGUGUGAAGAUUACAACUUCUCUUCUUCUUCUUCUUCUUCUUCUUCUUCUUCGGCUUUUGACAUUCCUAAAUCUUAAUCCAUCAUUCCUGACUUUAACUCCCGAUAGCAAUUCUGUUAAGUCCUACUGUGUCACGUUUACCUGAUCUGAUUGGUACUAUCUCCCCUUGUUUCCCCCCCUAUAGAGGAACCUUUUGAUCCCUGAGCUUCUCCAAAAAAAAGGGGAUGGUCACGUGGAGGUUGCACUUGUCUUUGUAGAUGUCCUUCAGGGAUUUGAAAUCUUUGUACAUAGAACUGAGAUCUCGUAACACAGAUAAGCGACCGUGGACAAAGUUUCAAUACACAAGCAUCAUUCCAAAAAUCAGAGGCUGCUGUCGGUGUAAAUCGACUUCCUCUGAUCCAGCCGUCAUAGCUCUGGCCUUGGAGGAAUGUUCAGACUGAACUGUGUCACCUGGUGGCCAAUGAGAGUACUGCAUUGCCACACACACUGCUGCUGCUCUCAGUGCCAACGCUUCAAGACGUUCCACUCGAUCUCUCUCCACUUAAUCUCUAUUUCUGUCUAACACAGACACACAAACACAAACACAACAACGCGCAUCAUCACAAUUAGUCCAGUUGCCUAUUUUUCGCAAUAAAUGAAAAAAGAUGAAUAUAAGUAAAUGGUGAGAUAUUUUUAAAAACUAUUUAAUUCAUUAAAAAAAAAGAAAACAACUUUUCUCUGGUUGUUGUGACUGUGACAGAAUCUCGUCUUAUACUGAGGUGAUUGUGUUUGUCUAAUAGAGAUGUUUUUAUUUCUUUUGUCAUUAUUAUUAAUUAUUAAUUAUUAUUAUUAUUGAGAGAUUUUUUUACACAGUUGUCACCUCUCCCCCUCCCUCCUUACUUGAACAGUGCUGCUCUGUCAGGGCCCUAGAUGGUGAUUAAAAAAAUAAUAAUCAACAGAUUUGCAAUAAAGGGUAUGCGAUGAGUUUUUUUUGCACCAAAACCUCCUGAUCUCACUCUUUCAGCCAUGCUGACUGUUCUUCCUGACGACAUUGACAGAAUUGCGUCUCUUGUCUGUGUUUUUCAUCGACAGAUUUAAUAAAAUUGUAAAUUAAUGGAUCCUGUGCCGCUGAUGUAGUGAAUUUUCUGCUUUGAGGUCGUGUCAGUAAAUCUCACAAGGAUGGACGGAAACUUUGAACUGGUUAUUUUUGGCAAGAAAAAAGAAAA